CUGCGAAGCAAAUUUAAACGCAGGACUGAAGAGGGCUAUUAUGAAGCCAUAUCUUCAGUUGAGAUGAAGUCUCGCAGAAAGGAUGAAUCUUAUGAAGGAAUGCUAAAGAAGAGAAAAGAAGAACUUAUGCACUGGACCAAAGAGUUGUCUGAGUCAGAAAAGAAGAAAGAGGAGGAGGAAGGCAAACUUAAAAUUCCUACAAUCAGACCUGAGAAAAUUACACUCUCUCCCAGCAUGGAGGCUCCAAAGAUCUUGGAAAGAAUUCAGAGCCAGACAGUGUCUCUGUCUGAUGAAGUUCGCUUCCGUUGUAGGGUUGUUGGUAAACCAGAUCCAGAGUGCCAGUGGUUCAAAAAUGGCAUUUUACUUGAGAAGUCAGAUCGUAUUUAUUGGUAUUGGCCCGAGGACCAUGUCUGUGAAUUAGUAAUCAGAGAUGUCUCAGCUGAGGACUCUGCUAGUAUCAUGGUCAAAGCCAUUAACAUUGCUGGUGAGGCCUCAAGCCAUGCUUUCUUGUUGGUGCAAGCCAAGCAGCUUAUAUCUUUUACCCAGACACUGGAGGAUGCCUAUGCUAAAGAGAAAGACACAAUGGUAACCUUUGAAUGUGAGACAAAUGAGCCAUUUGUCAAAGUCAAAUGGAUGAAGAACAAUGCCGAAAUUUUCUCCGGAGACAAAUACAGGAUGCACUCUGACAGAAAGGUGCACUUCCUAUCUGUGCUGAUAAUCGACAUGCAAGAUGAUGCAGAGUACACUUGUGCUUUAGUUGAUGAUGACCACAUAAGAACUUCUGCCAAACUUCAUGUUGAAGGUGCACCAUUGGAAAUUAUUAAAAAUCUGGAGAGCGUUGAAGUGCCUGAGACAUACUCUGGAGAGUUUGAAUGUGAGCUGUCCCGUGUAGAUGCCGAAGGCACCUGGUACUUUGAGAAUAAAGAAGUUACGCCAAGCCUUAAAUAUGUUGUAUCCUCUCGUCGUGGCCGACACUCCCUGUCUGUAAAAGACGUUAGGAAGGAGGACCAAGGCAAAUACACUUUUAAAGUGGGUGAUCUGAAGACAAGUGCCACACUGAAGAUGAAAUUGCGUCCUGUAACUCUGAUGCAAGGCCUCUCUGAUCUGACAAUUUGUGAGGGUGAUAUUGCCCAGCUGGAGGUGCGAUUCUCUCAGGAAAAUGUGGAGGGAACAUGGAUGAAAAAUGGCCAGCCCAUCUCUGCCACAGACAGAAUUCACAUUGUCAUUGACAAACUUGUCCACAAACUUCUGGUCGAAAAUGUCAACAGGGAUGAUGCAGGAGUCUACUCAUUUGUUGUUCCUAUUCAAAACAUUUCUACAACCGGAAAACUUACUGUCCAAACAAUUGAAAUCAUAUCACCUCUAAAGGAUGUCCGUUCUAUAGAGGGUACGAAGGCAGUACUAGAAGCUAAAAUCUCUGCCUCUGAUGUUGCUUCUGUGAAAUGGUACCAAAAUGACAAGCUCCUUGUGGCUAGUGAGAGAAUCCAGAUGGUUGCCAAAGGAACCAAACAGAGACUAGUUUUGAAUAGGUCCUUUGCUUCUGAUGAAGGACACUAUAAGAUGGUUGUCGGCAGAGUGGAAACAGCUUGUAAACUUACUAUUGAGAAGGUCAGCAUCGUCAAGCACAUGCAGGACUGUGUGUGCACUGAAACUCAGAAUGUCACCUUUGAAGUAGAAUUAUCCCACACUGGUAUAGAUGCCUAUUGGACCUUCAAGAAUCAGCCUCUCAAGGCUGGACCCAAAUACAAAAUUGAGUCCAAAGGGAAGCACUAUAGCCUGACCAUCAUCAACGCUAUGAAGGAUGAAGAGGGCCAGUAUACAUUUGCAGCAGGCGAAAAGACAUCCAGUGCAAAACUAACUGUAUCAGGUGGAGCUAUAAACAGACCACUCCAUGAUGUGACUGUAGCAGAAUCCCAAACUGCUGUUCUGGAGUGUGAGGUUGCCAACCCCACCUCUGAAGGAAAGUGGCUUAAGGAUGGCCACUCUGUUAACUUUAGUGACAAUGUCAGAAGUGAGGAUAUAGGUGCAGUCCGCCGACUUGUCUUUGUUAUCACAAGACCACAAGAUAUUGGGGAGUACACCUACCAAGUGGCAAACUCCAAGACAUCUGCCAACUUAAGGGUUGAAGCUGUGAAGAUCAAGAAAACAUUGAAGAACCAAACAGUCACCGAAACCCAAGAGGCAGUGUUUAGUCUUGAACUGACUCAUUUAGAUGUGAAAGGAUCCCAGUGGAUCAAGAAUGGAAUAGAAAUUGUCCCUAGUGACAAAUAUGAGAUAACAGUAGAUGGAUUGGUUCACACCUUAAAGAUCAAGAACUGCAACUCCCAAGAUGAAUCAGUCUAUGGAUUUAAACUGGGAAAACUCUCUGCUAAUGCCAGACUGAAUGUUGAAACUGUUAAGAUUGUGAAAAAGCCGAAAGAUGUGACUUCCCUGGUCAAUGGAACUGCCUCUUUUGAGCUGAGUUUAUCCCAUGAUAACAUACCUGUUCAAUGGAUGUUCAAAAACCAAGAGCUGAAACCUAGUGCUAAUGUUCAAAUAAUGUCUGAAAGAAAAGCACAUAAGCUGGUCAUUCAAAAUGUUGAUGAAAGCAGUGAUGGAGAGUACACAGCUGUAGUUGGACAUUUACAAUGCAGCGCAUAUUUACAUGUUGAAUCUUUGAGAGUCACAAAGCCCCUGAAGAACAUUGAGGUUCCAGAGACCCAUGUGGCCACGUUUGAAUGUGAAGUUUCACAUUUCAAUGUUCCAUCCACCUGGCUGAAAAAUGGAGUUGAGAUUGAGAUGAGUGAGAAGUUCAGGAUUGUGGUGCAGGGCAAACUGCAUCAGCUGAAGAUCAUGAAUACCAGCAGAGAUGAUUCUGCAGAAUACACUUUUGUAUGUGGAAAUGACAAAGUCUCUGCCACCCUGACAGUUAACCCUGUCCUCAUCACAUCUAUGCUCAAAGACCUGAAUGCACAAGAGAAGGACACCAUCACAUUUGAGGUGACCGUCAACUAUGAAGGCAUCACCUACAAAUGGCUGAAGAAUGGUGUAGAAAUCCGAUCCAGUGAUAGAUGCCAAACUCGCACCAAACAGUUCACUCACUCGCUCACUAUCCGAAAUGUUCACUUUGGGGAUGUUGGAGAGUACAAAUUUGUGGCUGGAUCUGCUGAAACCGCAGCAAAGCUGUUUGUUGAAGCUCGUGUCAUCGAGUUCACCAAGCACAUCAAGGACAUUAAAGUUACUGAGAAGAAGAAGGCCACUUUUGAAUGUGAACUCUCUGAGCCCAAUGUCCAAGUAACAUGGAUGAAAGAUGGUCAGGAACUUGAAAUAUCCGAAAGGUACAAAGUGUCCACAGAGCGACACCUACAUCGUCUUAUGAUCCAAACUGUACGCAUGUCUGAUGCUGGUGAAUACUCUGUGGUUGCUGGAUCUAGUGUAUCGAAAGCUGCCCUCACAGUUGAGGGCAAGGAUGUGCGUAUCAGUGAACCUGCCGAGAAAGAAAUCACCGUACUUGAGAAACAACGAGCUACAUUUGAAUUUGAAGUCAAUGAGGAUGACAUUGAGGGUCGCUGGCUAAGAAAUGGAGUCGAGAUCCAGUUUUCUGUAGAUCAGCGCUUCAACUAUGCCAUUAUUAGAAAAAUUCAUCGCCUGACAAUCACAGAAACAUACAGAAGCGAUGCUGGAGAAUACACAUUCAUUGCUGGAAAGAACAGGAGUGUUGUGACCCUACUUGUUAACAUCCCUGAGCCUCCUCAGAUCAUCAGGCACAUGGAGCCCCUGUCUGUUGAGGCUGGCAAACCUGCACGUUUCUCUGUGGAAGUGAAAGGAAUUCCUCAGCCUCAGGUAUCUUGGUAUAAGAACUCUCAGGCCCUGUCUUCUGGCUUCAAGUGUAAGUUCCUGAGGGAGGGAAAUGAGCACACAUUGCUACUUAUCGAAGUCUUCCCAGAGGAUGCAGCUCAGUACAACUGUGAAGCUAAGAAUGACUAUGGAGUAGCCACAAGCUCUGCGUCACUUAAUGUGGAAGUUCCAGAAGUUGUUUCCCCUGACACUGGAGCACCACUGUCACCACCUGUCGUCAUAACACCAAUACGCAACACUUCUGCCAAUGAAGGACAAUCUACUAGGUUCCAAUGUCGUGUCUCAGGGGAAGAUCUGACAAUUACUUGGUAUUGCAAAGAUAAGGAGAUCAAGCAGUCUGAUAUAUUCAGAGUGUCUCAGUUUGAUGAAAACUGUCAGUUGGAGAUCACCAGAGUUUAUCCUGAGGAUGAGGGCGAGUACACAUGUGUUGCCCGUAACUCUGCAGGAAUGGUCUCCUGUUCUGCUGUACUGAAAGUGGACGUUACAAAAGCACGAGAGGAGAUUGAAGCAAAAAUUGAGGAAGAGGUCAAAGUGCCACCUGUUUUCAGGCACAAAAUUACAAAUCUGGAGGUCAGUGUUGGCAGUCCUGCAAAGUUCGAAUGUGAGAUUGAGGAGGCUCCAGGUGUGACCUUCAAGUGGUUGAAGUCUGGUUCUGAGCUCAGACAUAGUGACAAAUGCAGGAUUAUCAGUCGUCUUCACACCUCAUCUCUGGAGAUAUUUAGCCCAACAGUCGCUGAUAGUGGAGAAUUUACCUGCAAAGCUUCAAACCGCCAUGGAAGUGACAGCUGCUCUGCUAAACUAAGUGUGACAGAACCUCCAGAGUUUGUACAGAAACUGCCAGCUGCAAAAAUCAUGAAGAUGGGAGAGCGACUCCAGCUUGAAUGCAAAGUUACUGGCACAGCUCCUCUGAAAAUUAGCUGGUACAAAAAUGACGCUGUACUCAGCGAUGGUGGCAACAUGAGAAUGACUUUCGAUAACUCUGUGGGAGUCCUUGAAAUUUUCAAGUGCAGCUUUGAGGAUAAUGGAGUCUACACCUGUGAAGUCCAGAAUGAUGCUGGAACUAAGAGUUGCAGUACCACACUCACAGUCAAAGAACCACCAACUUUCCACAAAGUGCUAACACCAGUUGAGGGGCUGAAGGGCAAAGAUGCCAGUCUAAACUGUGAGCUGAAAGGCUCAGCACCUUUUGAGAUAACCUGGUUUAAAGAUCAAAAACAGUUAAAGGAGAGUAGGAAGUAUAAAUUUGUGUCUGAGGGAUGCUCUGCAACUCUCCACAUCCUUGGACUGGAAGCAUUAGAUGCAGGGGAAUAUGAGUGCAAAGCAUCAAAUAAUGUAGGAAGUGAUUCCUGCCAGGGCACUGUAAAGCUAAGAGAACCACCAGCAUUUGUGAAGAAAUUAUCCAACAUUACAGCCAUCUCUGGUGAGGAAGUGGUUUUGUUGGCAACGGUCAAAGGCUCGCAGCCUAUGACUGUGUCUUGGGUUCAGGAUAAAGACCACAUUCUCAGAGAUGGUGACAACAGGAAAAUUAUAUUUGAGAAUAAUCAGGUCACCCUGAAGAUCUUUAAAGCUGACUCUACCACUGCUGGAAAAUAUACAUGUCAGCUCAAAAAUGAUGCUGGAGUAGCUGAAUGCACAGCGAACCUAACUGUCCUAGAACCUGCAGCAAUUGUGGAUAAGACAGAGUCAAUCAGUGUAACCGCUGGUGACACUGCAGUCUUAGAAUGCACUGUAUCUGGAACUCCAGAACUUAAACCAAAAUGGUACAAGGAUGGUGUGGAGUUGUCUUCAGGCAGAAAAUACAAAAUCACCUUCUCAAAAAUGAUCUCCAGUCUUAAGCUAUUGUCAACAGAGAAAAGUGACACUGGAGAAUACACAUUCGAAAUCAAGAAUGAAGUUGGCAGUGAUAGCUGCAAAAUGCACCUCACUGUUUUGGACAAAAUCGUUCCUCCUUCGUUCUCACGAAAACUGAAGGACACACAGAAUAUUGUUGGCAAAACUAUUGAAAUGGACUGCAAAGCCUCAGGGUCUGCACCUCUCACCAUCUCUUGGUACCAUAAUGAAGAGGAGAUUAAAAGUGGACCGAACUAUGAGAUUACAUUCGCUGAGAAUACCUGCACAUUGAAAGUGCCAACUCUGAAACUUUCAGACUCGGGCACAUACAAAUGUAAAGCAGUGAACAGUGCAGGAACUGCAGAGACAUUUGCUUCCUUAGUUGUUAAAGAACCCCCCUCUUUUGUGACCACACCUCAACCGGUGGAAGCCCUCCCAGGCACAAAUGUCACCUUUACAGCAACCGUUCAAGGAAGUACCCCCAUGAAACUAAAAUGGUUUAGAGGCAGUAAGGAAAUAGUGUCUGGGAGAAGCUGUGAGAUUGCUUUAAGAGGAGAUAAUGCAAUUCUGGAGCUCUACAACAUUGAUAAAUCUCAUGCUGGCGAGUAUACUUGCCAGAUCAUUAAUGAUGCAGGGAAGGAAAACUGCACAGUGAACCUUUUUGUGAAAGAGGCUGCACACUUUGUCAAGAAGCUCAAGAACCUGUCUGUUGAAAUGGGCAAGUCUCUGAUACUUGAAUGUACGUAUGCGGGAAGCCCAAAGAUUCUUGUGAAAUGGCAUAAAGAUGGCCAGGAGAUUUACUCCUCUUACAAGUACAACAUCACAACCACUGAGAGCUCCUGCAUCCUCGAGUGUCUAAACAGUGAUAAAGAGGCUGCUGGAAAAUACACUUGUGAGGUUUCCAAUGAUGCUGGACACGACACUUGUGAAGCAACAGUGUCCAUCUUAGAACCACCUAUCUUUAUUGAGAGUUUGGAGCCCAUGGAGGUCACUGCAGGUGAUGCAGUUUGUCUGAAAUGCCAGAUUGGUGGCACUCCUGAAAUUAAAGUGUCAUGGUUCAAGGCAGAUGGCAAAGUGCGGUCUUCUCCAACCUGUAAGAUGGAGUUCUUCAAAGGCACUGCCUGCCUGAAACUAGCUAAAGUUGCCAAAUCUGACAUUGGUGAAUACACAUGUAAGGCAGAAAACAGCAUUGGAUCUGCCUCUUCCAGGUGCCUCUUAACUGUACAAGAUGUGAAAACACCACCGUCUUUCCCUAAAAAGAUUACUAGCAUUACGCAAAUUGAAGGACAGCCUGUCCAGUUUGAGUGUCGUGUUGCAGGAUCCUCUCCUAUGGAGGUCUCUUGGCUCAAAGAUGGUGAAGCUCUUAGGAGCGAUUCAGAAUACACAAUGUUUUUUGACGAUAACUCUGCUGUCCUAAAUAUAGUCAAAGGUGAAAUGAGACAUUCUGGAGAAUACACUUGCAUUGCGACUAAUAGUGUUGGAACUGCUUCUUGUAGAGCCAAGCUCACACUUCAAGAGCCAAGAUAUCCACCUGUGUUUGAUAAAAAGCUCAUACCUGUGGAUGUGACAGUGGGAGAUACUGUCGAACUGGAAUGCCACAUGACGGGAUCGUUGCCAAUAAAAGUUACUUGGUCCAAGGAUCACAAAGACAUCCGCACAGGGGGCAAUUAUAAGAUAUCAUGUGUGGAUAACACUCCACAUUUGACAAUUUUGAAAGCUGAUAAGGCAGACUCUGGUCGUUAUUCUUGCCAUGCUAGUAAUGAUAUUGGGAAGGACUUUUGUUCUACAGAAGUUUCUGUGAAAGAACGCAAAAUUCCACCUAGUUUUACCAAAAAACCUUCAGCAACUAUUGAGGACACUGAGGGCAAAAUAGUGAAGAUCGAGGGUCGUGUAGCUGGAUCACAGCCCCUGACUGUCAACUGGUAUAAAGAUGGCACGGAAAUCUUCACCUCUGACUGUUAUGAUGUAACUUUCAAGACCAGCCUGGCUGUCCUGUGCAUCAAAAAAUCUCAGCUGUCAGAUAGUGGAACAUAUAUGUGCAAAAUCUCCAAUGAAGCUGGCACUGCCUCUUAUGAAGUGUCCGUUAAGAUUACAGAGCAAAAGGUACCACCAAGCUUUGACUUGCCUCUUAAACCAGUGACUGUGACUGAGGGUGAGACGCUUACCCUCAGCUGCCAUGUACGUGGAACUCCUCCUCUCAAGAUUCAGUGGAUGAAGGACAGGCAGGAGCUUUCUUCGUCUGAAAAUACUAAGAUUACAUUUGUUGAUGGCACUGCCACAUUGGAGAUGAUCCGUGUAUCUAAGGCAGAUACUGGGGAUUAUCUCUGCAAAGCAACCAAUGAGGCUGGUAGUGAAUUCUGCAAGUCUAAAGUCACUAUCAAAGUUUCAGAGAAACCAGGAGCUCCUGCCCCGGCACAGGCAGCCCCUUCACCACCUGAAGCAGUUAAAAAGUUGGACAACCUCUUCUUCAUUGAGGAGCCAAAGAGUGUCCAUAUCAUUGAGAAAGGUACAGCUACCUUCAUUGCUAAAGUUGGUGGUGAUCCCAUUCCCAAUGUGAAAUGGAUGAAGGGCAAAUGGAGGCAAAUGACUCAUGGUGGUCGCGUCAGUAUUGAACAAAAGGGCCAAGAGGCCAAGAUGGAGAUCAAAGAGGUGACCAAAUCUGACUCUGGACAGUACAGAUGUGUUGCUUCAAACAAACAUGGAGAAAUUGAGUGCAGCCCCAACCUGAAUGUUGAUGAGAAGAAAGAGACCACUUUAGAAAUGGUGAAACUGAAGAAAACUCCAUCUAAGCAGAAAAGCCCUAAAGAGGAAAAGGAUAUUGACAUUGUUGAGUUGCUUAGAAAUGUUGAUCCCAAGGAGUAUGAGAAAUAUGCUCGCAUGUAUGGCAUCACAGACUUCCGGGGUCUCCUUCAGGCUAUUGAGUUUCUGAAGAAGGAAAAAGAACACGAAAGUGGAAGACCGGAAGUGGAAAGUGGUGCAAGAGAGUCUGAGGAGGAUUUGGCUAAACUUGUUGCCGAUUUGCAAAAGAGGAUGGAACAAACUGAGCCUGUCACUGUGGUACGUGACAUCACGGACCAGACAACUACUGUUAAGAAGGAAGCUGUGUUUGAAUGUGAAAUCAAGAUCAACUACCCCGAAAUCACACUGUCCUGGUACAAAGGAACCCAAAAACUUGACAGUAGUGACAAGUAUGACAUCAAAAUUGUGGGUGAUCGUCACAUCUUAAAGAUCAAGGAUUGCCAGAUGAGAGAUGAGGGCAAUUAUCGUAUUGUGUGUGGCCCACAUAUCUCCAGUGCCAAACUGACAGUGCUGGAUGCUGAAGUGGAACAGCGUAUGCAGGAUGUGGCUGGUAAGGAAGGCCAAACUUGUACAUUGACUUGCCAGCUCUCUGUACCUAAUGUAAAAACCCAGUGGUUUAAAAAUGGGAAGCUUUUAGAACCUCACAGCAGAUACACAUUUGCUGUGGCAAAUUACACUCAGAAGCUCUCAAUCAAAGAUGUUAGACCUGAAGACCAAGGAGAAUAUACCUGCAAAUACAAAAAUCUUGAAACGACUGCAAAUCUUUGGAUCGAAGCCAAGCAAAUACAUUUCACCAAACGCAUCCAGAACAUUGUGGUGCGAGAACAUCAGUCAGCCACUUUUGAGUGUGAGGUGUCUUUCGACAAUGCUAUUGUAACAUGGUAUAAGGACACUUGGGAGCUUAAAGAGAGUCCCAAAUAUACCUUCCGAAGUGAAGGGCGACGCCACUUCAUGAUCAUCCGCAACGUUACCUCUGCCGAUGAAGGCGUGUACUCGGUCAUUGUCAGAUUGGAGCCCAGGGGUGAGGCUAAAAGUACAGCUGAGCUUUACCUGUCAGGCAAAGAAAUUGAUAUAGAAAGGGUACCUUAUGACAUCCCAGAUACAUCAAUACAAGUGCCUGAAGCAGCUGCAUUAACCAUUGAAGCUGAAUCUUCCAUGGGAUAUUACCAUUACGAAGAAAAAAUGGAAACACAAGAGUAUGUGAGCUGGACAGCGGAGAGUGUUGUAGAGGAAAUAUCAGUAACAGCCCCAAGGGUGCCAGUCGAAGAGGCUGUCAGUAGAAAAAUCCUGGGAAUGAGAGAGGUGGCUCCAACAACAGAAUUCGAGGAACCUGAGCCAUCUAAACCAGUGGAGCUAGUGCCUGAAGUACCUGUGAAAGCCAAAAAGCCUGUGGAAGAAAUAAUUACUGCAGUUAUAUUGCCAGAGCCAAUUGAACCCCCCACAGGAAAAGAAGUGCCACAGCCAGCAGCACCUGUAGCUCCUGUGCCUUCUGCACCUGAGCCUGAAGAGCCUAAAGCUGCACCAGUAGCUGAGCCCAAACCAGAACCAAAGCCUGAGCCUACACCUGUGAAAAAACCUGAGCCACCCCCAGCCAAAGUUCUUGUGGAGGAAAAGCCAAAACCAACAAUUCAAGAACCACCAAAGAAAGUGCCAGCUAAACCCCAUGAAGCCAUAGCAGUUCCAGUGGAAGAACCGCCAAAGAAAGUUCUUGUGGAGGAAAAGAAGCCAGAACCACCAAAGAAAUUGCCAGCUAAACCUGAUGAAGCCAUUUCAGUUCCGGUGGAAGAACCUCCAAAGAAAGUUCUUGUGGAGGAAAAGAAGCCAGAACCACCAAAGAAAUUGCCAGCUGAUGAAGCCAUUGCAGUUCCGGUGGAAGAACCUCCAAAGAAAGUUCUUGUGGAGGAAAAGAAACCAAAACCACCAAUUCAAGAACCACCAAAGAAAAUGCCAGCUAAACCUGAUGAAGCCAUUAAAGUUCCAGAGGCAGAACCUCCAAAGAAAGUUCUUGUGGAGGAAAAGAAACCAAAACCACCAAUUCAAGAACCACCAAAGAAAGUACCAUCUAAACCUGAGCAAGUGAUUACAGUGGAAGAACCUCCAAAGAAAGUAGCAGAGCUAAAGAAGAAACCAUCUCCAGAGAAGACACCUGUUUCUGUGAAAGAAGUCGCAGCCCCAAAAGUUGAAAAGAAACCAUCUCCAGAACCUGAAAGAAAGAAAGAACCUUUGCCAGAGACUGUUUCCCCAACAGUUAAAGAGGUCGAUAAGAAAGCUGAAGAUAAACUCAUCCCUAAGCCCAAGGAAGAGAAGAUAAUUCCAACAAAAGUACCUACACCUAAAGAACCAGAGAAGCUAAAGCCUGCUCCAAAGGAAGAACCGGUACCAAUCGUCCAAACCGUGGAAGAUGGUGAAAAGGGACCAGUUUCUGCACCUGCUCCAGGAAAGAAAGGAAAAGUUCUUAAAGUGAAGCAAGAAGAGGGAAGAUUUGAAAUUCCCACCUUAAAGAAACCUACAAGAGUUUCCAAAGAUAAAGACGAAGAUCAGGAAAUGGUAAAACUGAAGAAAGUGCUCAAACCACAAGAGGAGGAAUAUAAAGAGAGUCCCAAAGUGUAUGCUGAGGCUCAUACUGAAGUUAUGAUAACUGAAAGUUAUGAGGCAGAAAUGCAUUUUGAGACUUAUGAAGUGACUAAGAGAGUUGAGAAAAUCCAACCUGAGGUAGACAAAAAGAUGCCUGAUGAACCUGAGCAAGCACCACCUCAAAUAAAACCAGAAACCGAAUUAGAAGAAAAAGCGAAAAAGACACCAAUUGGAAAGGUUCCAAAAAAGGAUACACCAGAGGAGCCUGGCUUAGCUCUGAAAAAGGUUAAAAAGUUACCAGUAGACACAAAAGAACAAGAAUCUGUCAAAUUAAAGCCAUUUGAGAAACCUGUAAAACCGCCAAGUGAAACCGAAAAAGACACCAAAAAAGAAGAAAAAGGAAGAGAAUCUUUAACUUUUGACAGAAGUAGGGAACCAGUUACUUUUCAGAAAGGAGACCGACCUGAAAAGGAUGAUAAGCCAAAAGAACCCGAUGUCCUCACGAAAAAAGAAGUGCCCUCCGUUCCUGACAAAAAGGUGCCUGAUGAAGUUGCUGUUAAACCUGUAACCAGACCUCCCAAAGAGGAAGCACCUACAGAGCCUAAAGAGAAAUUAUUUAAAGGUAAAGGUAAAAUUCCAUCUAAAGAUCAGGAACCUGAGGUGGUUCAACUAAAACCAAUUCCGAAGAAACCUUCAGCUGGAUCACCAAAAGAAAAGGAGGUUCCAGAGCCAAAAGAACGAAAACCAAUUGAGUUGUCACCACUUACUAGGCCACCAAAAGAUGAAGUUAAAACAGAACCAAGUAUUCCACCAAAAAGAGUUGACAGUCAAGAAACUCCAGAUAAAGGUAAAGAGGUUGAGAAGAUACCAGCUAUUGUACCAGUAGAAGACAAAAAGGCACCGCUUAAAAAGGUUACGCCGGUAAAGAAGGAGAUUACACCAAAGGAGGAUGAAAAGAAGCCAAUAGUCACCAAAAAGGGUAUUUUACCCAAAGAGGCUGAGAAGAAAGAAGACAUAAUUCUAAAACCAGUUGAGCGUGCAAAGAGUGCAGUAGAGCCUGAAAAGAUUCCUUCGCCUAAGGUUGAGAAACCAAAACCAACUGAACCAGUCUCAGUGGAGAGGAAGCCUAGUGAGGAUUUAGCAAAGAAGCCAAAGAAAGUUUCACCCAAAGACUCGAUUGAAGCUGUUAUUUUGAAGAAAGUACCUCAGAAGGUUUCACCUAAGGAGGACAAAUCUGAAGAAACUCCUCAGAUCCCUGAAAAAGAGGAGAUUCCAGUCAAAAAGGAACUGUCUCCUGGAGCUGUAGAGUUAAGAAAAGUGUCAACUCAGUUUGAAGAAGAACUGUUUGAAGAAGAGGUUGAGGUUGAAUUUGAAGCGGAAUAUGAAGAUGAAGAAGAAGCAUGGGGAUGGGAGGUUGCUUCUCGAGAGAGUUAUGGCUCAGAAGGCUCUGAAGAAAGGUAUUUGGAGGAAGGGGCACUUGAGACUCCUGGGAUGCCAGGGGGUAGACGAGAGGGAAAGCCUAAAGAGGAAGCUGGAAGGGGCAGAGGCUUAAGACCAAGACAAACUCCAUCUCCUGGUGAUGCUGGAAGGGGUAGAGGGCUGAAGCCUGGUGCUGGUGGUGAUAAGCCUCCAGGAGAAUCACCAUUUGGUGCCCAGCUCAAAGCCGUCCCCUUGAAUUUUGUGAAGGAGCUCAAAGAUAUUGUGUUGCAGGAGGCGGAGUCCAUUGGCUCCUCUGCUGUAUUUGAGUGCCAGAUCUCUCCAUCUACUGCUAUCACCACCUGGAUGAAAGAUGGAAGCAAUCUAAGGGAGAGUCCAAAGCACAAAUUCACAUCUGAUGGCAAAGACCGCAAACUGGCCAUCAUUGAUGUACAGCUUUCAGACACUGGGGAGUACACAUGUGUUGCAAAGCUUGGCAAAAAUGAGAAGACCUCAACAGCUAAACUUAUUGUUGAAGAGUUACCAGUGAAGUUCACAAAGAAUCUGGAGGAGGAAAUGUCUGUGAUUAAGGGACAGCCAAUGUACUUAACCUGCGAGUUGAGCAAAGACAGGGAUGUUGUCUGGAAGAAGGACGGAAAAGAACUCAAGCAAAUUGCUGGCAAAAUUCAAAUCAGUGUUAUUGGAUUGCAGCGCUCUGUGACAAUCCAAGACACAAAUGACGAUGAUGCCGGUGUUUACACUUGCGAGUGCGAGGACAUCAAGACACAAGCCAAUGUGAAAGUCAUUGAAAUAAUCAGAGAUUGGUUAACAAAACCUUUGAGGGACCAGCAUGUGAAACCAAAGGCUACUGCCACAUUCAAGUGCGAACUGUACAAGGAUACUCCUAACUGGAAGUGGUUCAAGGGAGAUGAAGAAAUUCCCACUGACCCUACAAAUAAGACUGAGGUGAAAAAGGAUGGAAAAGAUAUCACGCUUACAAUCAAGAAUGCUCAACCUGGUGAUGUUGGAGAAUAUGCCAUAGAAGUUGAGGGCCGCAGAUAUGCAGCAAAACUCACUCUUGGAGAGCGUGAAGCUGAGAUCUUGAAGCCUCUUGCUAGUGUGGAGGUGGUUGAGAAAGAGGAGGCCAGCUUUGAUACUGAAAUGUCAGAAGAUGAUGUGCCUGGAGAAUGGAAACUUAGAGGGCAGGUUCUGACAAGAUCACCGACGUGUGAUAUCAGAGCUGAAGGAAAUAAGAGAUUCCUUACAUUGAAAAAUGUUCAACUUGACCAGGCUGGAGAAGUCUCCUACCAAGCUUUGAAUGCUAUCACUACUGCAAUGUUAACGGUCAAAGAAAUUGAAAUGGACUUCACAGUCCCAUUGAAGGAUGUUACUGUGCAUGAAAAGAAACAGGCAAAGUUUGAAUGCACGAUCACAAAAGAUGUGCCUAAAGUCAUGUGGUUGAGAGGAUCUGAUAUUAUAACACCAGACCAAAAAUAUGAUAUCAUUGAUGAUGGAAAGAAACACAUGUUGGUCAUAAACCACUGUGAAUUUGAGGAUGAGGGAGAAUAUACUAUUGAGGUGUUGGGUAAAACAUCAACAGCCAAACUGACAGUUGAGGGUAUGCGGCUGAAAUUCAUCUCACCGAUAUCGGAUCAAACUGUUAAGGAAGGUAAAACAGCUCGGUUUGAGCUUGAACUGUCCCAUGACAAUGUACCAGUGACAUGGUACAAAAAUGAAACAAAACUGCAUCCGAGCAGAACUGUACUUACGCAUGUUGAUGGAAAGAAACAUAUAUUAGAAAUCAAGAAUGUCACUCUAGAUGAUACUUGCCAAAUAAAAGCAGAGGCUAAAGGAUUAUCAACAACAGCAAACCUGACGGUGCUAGAGGGAGAUGCCUACUUCACAGUUAAACUGCAAGAUUACACUGCAGUUGAGAAAGACGAGGUCAAUCUUGACUGCGAGCUCAGCAAAGAUGUUCCUGUGAAGUGGUUCCACAAUGAGACUGAAAUUAAAGCCUCCAAGAUGGUUACCAUGAAAGCUGAUGGCAAACGAAGAAUCCUGAACAUCAAGAAAGUUGAGGAAAAAGAAAAAGGAUUAUAUGUUUGUGACUGUGGAACGGACAAGACUUCGGCCACGAUGAACAUUGAAGCUCGUGACAUCAAAGUGGUACGACCAAUGUAUGGUGUUGAGCUGUUCGAUGGUGAGACAGCUCGUUUUGAGGUGGAAAUUUCUGAAGAUGAUGUCCAUGGCCAGUGGAAGCUGCAAGGAGAAAUCAUCUCCCCAUCACCUGAUGUUGAAAUCAUUGAGGAUGGCGCAAAGCACAUCUUAACUUUGUACAACUGUAAAGUGUCCCAGUCUGGAGAGGUUUCAUUCCAGGGUGCCAAUGCAAAAUGCUCUGCCAAUCUAAAAGUGAAAGAGCUUCCCAUUACUUUUGUAACACCUCUGGCUGAUGUGCAUGUAUAUGAGAAAGAUGAUGCAAGGUUUGAGUGUGAGAUCUCAAGACAACCAAAGAGCUUCCGUUGGUUGAAAGGAUCUCAGGAGAUUACAACUGAUGAUAAAUUUGAGGUACUUCAGGAGGGCAAAAGACACAUUCUGGUGGUCAGAUCUGCUGCCUAUGAGGAUGAGGCUAAGUAUAUGUUUGAGGCUGAGGACAAGAGAACAUCUGCCAAACUUGUUAUCCAGGGCAUCCGUCUUGAGUUUGUCAGACCCAUUAAAGAUGUCACCGUUAAAGAGCGUGAGACUGCAGAAUUCAGCAUUGAGCUCUCUCAUGAAAAGGUUCAAGUCACCUGGUACAAGAAUGACAUGCGUUUGCAUCCAAGUAAAGUGGUACACAUGUCCGAGGAUGGCAAAACCCAUACUCUGUCCUUCAAAGAGGUGUCUAUUGAUGACACUUCUCUAAUUAAAGCUGAGGCCCUUGGGAAAACCUGUGAGGCAAUGCUCACUGUACUUGAGGGAGAACCUUACUUUACUACCAAGUUGCAGGACUACACUGCAGUUGAGAAGGAUGAGGUUGUCCUGAUGUGUGAAGUGAGCAAAUCAUCUGCUCAGGUGAAAUGGUUCAAAGACGGCAAGGAGAUCACUCCCUCUAAGAACGUCCUCAUCAAGGCUGAUGGAAAGAAACUUAUCUUGACAGUGAAGAAGGCAGAGAAGGCCAACAUUGGUGAAUAUGUAUGUGACUGCGGCUCUGACAAAACAGCAGCCAAGCUUAACAUUGAAGAGCGCGAUAUUAAAAUUGCCCGUCCACUGUACAGUGUGGAGGUCACAGAGACAGAGACUGCUCGCUUUGAGACAGAAAUCACUGAGGAGGAUGUUCAUGGUAACUGGAAACUCAAAGGAGAGGCCCUGCACCAGUCACCGGACUGUGAAAUUAAGGAGGAAGGCACGAAGCACAUGCUUAUCCUUUACAAUGUUCGCAUGGAUAUGGCUGGUGGUGUGGACUUCAGUGCUGCUAAUGCUAAAUCAAGUGCUCAGCUCAGAGUUAAAGCACGAGUGAUAGGCCUCUUGAGGUCUCUCAAGGAUGUAACAGUGACAGCGGGAGAGACAGCAACCUUUGACUGCGAACUGUCUUAUGAGGGCAUACCUGUGGAAUGGUUCCUAGGGGGUACAAAGCUGGAACCAAGUGACAGAGUGGUGCACCGUUCAGAAGGCAGAACUCACACGCUGACCCUUAGGGAUGUGAAACUGACAGAGGCAGGAGAAGUAAAACUCACUGCAAAGGACUUCGUGACACAGGCUCAACUCAUUGUAAAUGAACCUCCGGUUGAAUUCACCAAACCUCUGGAGGACCAGACUGUAGAAGAGGAAGCCACCGCUGAACUAGAGUGUGAAGUCUCCAAAGAGAAAGCAGAGGUCAGGUGGUUUAGAGAUGGACAAGAAAUUCGCAAAACCAAGAAAUAUGACAUGGUUGCUGAUGGCCGUAAAAGAAAACUACUUAUCCAUGACUGCACACUUGAUGACUCAAGGACAUAUACCUGCGAUGCUAAACAGUUCAAGACUUCAGCCUUCUUAAAUGUUGAACCUCCACAUGUUGAGUUCUCAAAGCCACUCCAUGAUGUUGAGGUCAAAGAGAAGGAAUCUGCCAGAUUUGAAUGCGAAGUGUCUCGUGAAAGUGCUAAGGUUCGCUGGUUCAAAGAUGGUAAUGAAAUCAGAAAAGGCAAGAAAUAUGAGAUCAUUUCUGAAGGAGUCAAACGUAUUCUCAUCAUAAGCAAGUCUGUCUUUGAUGACGAAGCAGAAUAUGAAUGUGAUGCCAGGACUUCCAAAACCUCUGGAAUGCUGACUGUCAUUGAGGAGGAGACUAGAUUCACAAAGAACUUGGCUAAUGUUGAAGGCACUGAAACCGACAGUGUUAAACUGAUUUGUGAAGUCUCCAAACCCAGUGCAGAGGUUACAUGGUACAAGGGUGACCAAGAGUUGCCUGAAGUUGGUAGAUAUGAGCAUAUUGCAGAUGGCAAAAAGAGAAUCCUAAUUAUUAAGGGCCUCCGUAUGGAUGAUGCCGGAGAGUACCACUGCAAACUGCCCACCUCACAAACCACAGGGAACCUAAGGAUUAAUGAACUUGCCGCUGAGUUCAUUGCAAGGCCUCAAAACCAGGAGGUGGUUGAAGGUGAAAAGGCAGAAUUUGUGUGCUCUGUCUCCAAAGACACAUAUGAAGUGAAAUGGCUCAAAGGAGAUAAGGAACUUCAAUCAGAUGACAAAUAUGACAUAAUUUCUGAGGGCAAAAAGAGAGUUCUUGUUGUCAAAAAUUGUGAACUCAAGGAUGAAGGUGGCUUUGUAGUCCUCAUUGGAACCACAAGAGCCUCAGCUGAUCUGAUUGUGCUUGAAAAGCUUAGGAUUAUCACUCCUCUAAGAGACAUAAAGGCAAAUGAAGGACAAGAGACUGUCCUCAAUUGUGAAGUUAACACUGAGGGGGCCAAAGCCAAAUGGCUGAAGAAUAAUGAGACUUUAUUUGAAAGUAGCAAGUUCAUCAUGGUCCAGAAGGACAAUGUAUUCUCUCUGAGGAUCAAAGACACUCAAAAAUCAGAUGAGGCCAACUACACCAUUACACUGACUAACCAACGUGGUGAACACGCAAAGAGCUCUGCCAACAUUACUGUGCAAGAGGAAGAUCUUAGAAUCAUUGUUCCCCCUGAGGAUGUUGACACACAGGAGAAAAAGACCAUCAGCUUCACAUGCAAGGUGAACAUACCAAAUGUAACAGUACAAUGGAUGAAGGCAGGUCAGGAAAUCACUCUCAGCAAGAGAAUUCUCUAUCGUGUGGACAAGGACAAGCACACGCUGACCAUUAAGGACUGCAGCCUUGCAGACGAGGGUGAAUACAGUGUAGUUGCUGGUGCUGAUAAGGCCACAGCAGAACUGAUCAUCAGUGAGGCACCCGCAGACUUCACCGCUCAGCUCAGUGACCAAACUAUCAUUGAGUUUGAGGAUGCUGAGUUCACAUGUGAACUUUCCAAAGAGAAGGCCGAAAUCAAAUGGUACAGAGAUGGCAGGGAGAUCAGAGAAGGACCCAGAUACCAAUUUGAGAGAGAUGGCAAAACAUGUAGACUGCGUAUAAAAGAGUGCAGACCAGAUGAUGAGUGUGAAUAUGCCUGUGGAGUGGAUGACAAGAGAACAAGAGCCCGCCUCUUUGUUGAGGAGACCCCUGUGGAGAUUGUCAGACCACCCACAGAUGUGUUUGAGCCCCCAGGCUCAGAUGUUGUGUAUGAAGUUGAGCUUAACAAAGACAGAGUUGAGAUCAAAUGGCUGAGGAACAACAUGACCGUUGUUCAAGGUGAUAAGUACCAGAUGAUGAGUGAGGGUAAGAUACACAGGCUUCAAGUGUGUGAAAUCAGGCCACGUGAUCAAGGCGAGUACAGAGUCAUUGCCAAGGACAAAGAUGCCAGAGCCAAGCUUGAGCUUGCUGCCGUGCCAACAAUUAAAACCUUGGAUCAAGACCUGGUGACAGACGCUGGAAAGCCAUUUGUUAUGGCAGUUCCUUACAAUGCUUACCCACAGGCUGAGGCUGAGUGGUUCUACAAUGACAUCAGUCUUCCAAAAGACAAUGUUCACACUUCUGUUGACAGGACAGAAUAUAGGCUGAAGGACCCAAAGAAGUCAGAGGAAGGCCGCUAUAAAAUCCUCAUCCAAAACAAACAUGGAAAAGGAGAGGCUUUUAUAAACCUAAAAGUUAUUGAUGUUCCUGGGCCUGUGAAGAACCUUCAGGUUGUUGACACUGCUGAUGGUGAGGUCAGCAUUGCAUGGGAAGAGCCAGAGAGUGACGGUGGCAGCAAGAUCUUGGCUUAUGUGGUUGAAAGACGUGAUAUCAAACGUAAGACCUGGACUCUGGCCACUGACUGUGCCGAUAGCACAGAGUACUGUGUAACUGGCUUGCAGAAAGACUCCAAGUACCUCUUCCGUGUCUGUGCACGUAACCGAAUCGGAAGUGGGCCCAAUGUUGAGACAGAUAAAGCUGUUCAAGCUAAGAAUAAGUUUGAUGUUCCUGAUCCACCACAGAAUGUUAUUGUUGGAAAUGUCAACAAGUUUGGUGCCACAGUCUCCUGGGAACCACCACUGUUCAAUGGUGGAUCUGAGAUCACAUCAUACAUUAUUGAGCUCCGUGACAGAACUUCUGUGAGCUGGUCUCCAGUCAUGGUGACCAAACCACACGAACGCUCAGCUAUUAUUAAUGAUGUUAUUGAGAACAAAGAAUACAUCUUCCGUGUUAAGGCUGAGAACAAGGCUGGAAUUGGCAAACCAAGUGCUGCCACUAACCCAGUGAAGAUCAUGGACCCUAUUGAGAGGCCGAGCCCUCCACUGAAUUUGACACACUCUGAGCAGACAAAGGACUCCUGUCUGUUGACAUGGGAGACUCCCUUAAAAAAUGGAGGCACAACAAUCACUGGCUACAUCAUUGAGAGAUGUGAAGAAGGCACAGACAAGUGGCUCAGAUGCAAUGCCAGGCUUUGCCAGGACCUGCUCUACAGGAUUUCAGGCCUGAAAUUUGGAACAAAAUACAGCUAUAGAGUACUUGCUGAGAAUGCGGCCGGCCAGUCUGACCCCUCAAAUAUUGUUGGGCCUGUGUUGGCAGAUGAUCCCCACUUUGCACCUACUCUGGACCUGAGCGCAUUUAAGGAUGGUCUAGAGGUUAUUGUCCCUAAUCCUCUUGCAAUUCGUGUCCCUAUCACUGGGUACCCGGUGCCCACAGCAAAGUGGACCUUCGGUGAAAAUGCACUUACAGCUGAUGACCGUGUGUCCAUGGUUACAAAGUCAACCUUCACAGAGCUCAUUGUAACCCCAAGUGUGCGCCCUGACAAAGGCACAUACUCCUUGACGUUGGAAAAUGAUGUGACUAGUGUCUCAGGAGAGAUUGAAGUUAAUGUCAUUGCCUCUCCAAGUGCACCCAAAGACUUAAAGGUUGCAGAAGUGACCAGAAAGCAUGUUCACUUGAUGUGGGAGGCACCUGAUCACAAUGGAGGCAGUCCAAUCACAGGCUAUCAGGUUGAGAAGCGUGAGGUUUCCAGGAAGACCUGGGUGAAGGUGAUGGCAGGUUUGCAAGACCAGGAAUACACAGUCGCAGAUGUUGUUGAGGGCAAGGAGUACUUGUUCAGAGUUAUUGCCUGCAACAAAUGUGGUCCUGGAGAGCCCGCCUACAUUGAUGACCCAGUGAACGUGUCUUCACCUGCAACUAUACCAGACCCACCAGAAAAUCUUAAAUGGAGAGACAAGUCUGCUAGCAAGAUCUUCUUGUCAUGGGAGCCUCCCAAGUGGGAUGGUGGAACUGCAAUUAAAGGUUAUAUUGUUGACAAAUGUCAACGUGGCACUGACAAGUGGGAACCAUGUGGAGACCCAGUUCCUGAUCUUAAGUUUGAAGUGACUGGUCUCAUUGAAGGACAGUGGUAUGCUUAUCGUGUGAGGGCUUUGAACAAACUGGGUGCCGGUAAGCCUUGUAAGGCGACAGAUGAGAUUUUGGCCGUUGAUCCUAAAGAGCCUCCAGAGAUUCAGCUGGAUGCAAAACUGCUGGCUGGCCUCACUGCUAAGGCUGGCACAAAGAUUGAACUUCCUGCUGACAUCACAGGCAAACCAGAGCCUAAAGUCAAAUGGACCAAGGCUGACCUAGUCCUGAAGCCAGACGAUAGAAUCUCAAUUGAUACCAAGCCUGGCCACUCAACUGUGUCCAUUGCUAAGACCAAGAGGGAUGACACUGCUACAUACAUCAUUGAGGCAGUCAACAGCAGUGGCCGUGCAACUGCAACAGUUGAUGUCAACAUUCUAGAUAAACCUGGUCCUCCAGCUGCCUUUGAUAUCUCUGAAAUCACCAAUGAGUCCUGCUUGUUAGCCUGGAAUCCUCCAAGAGAUGAUGGUGGCUCAAAGGUGACAAACUAUAUUAUUGAGAGGAGGGCUUUAGACAGUGAAAUCUGGUACAAGUUGUCCUCCACUGUGAAGCAGACCACCUACAGGGCCACCAAACUUGUGGCUUUCAAGGAAUAUGUCUUUAGGGUCUAUGCUGAAAAUCAGUUUGGAGUUGGUGCCCCAGCAGAACAUGCCCCAAUAACUGCCAGAUACCCCUUUGAUACUCCUGGUCCUCCAUACAAAUUGGAGGCAUCUGAUAUUGCAAAGGAUGCAGUAACUCUGUCUUGGUAUGAGCCUGAUGAGGAUGGUGGAAGUCCUAUUACUGGAUAUUGGGUUGAGAGAUAUGAGCCUGAUCACGACAAAUGGAUCAGAUGCAACAAGCUGCCUGUCAGUGACACAAACUUUAGGGUAAAAGGACUGCCCACAAGAAAGAAGUAUAAGUUCCGUGUUUUGGCAGAGAAUCUUGCUGGACCUGGCAAACCAAGCAAAGAGACAGACCAGAUUUUGAUUAAAGAUCCAAUAGAUCCCCCAUGGGCUCCUGGUAAGCCCACUGUUAAGGAUGUGGCCAAAACAACUGCCUUCCUACAAUGGACAAAACCUGAACAUGACGGUGGUGCAAAGAUUGAGUCUUACAUCAUUGAACUCCUCAAGAGUGGAACUGACGAGUGGGUUCGUGUAGCUGAUGGUAUCCCCUCUCUUGAGUACUUCCUGAGAGGAUUGAUGGAGAAGCAAGAGUACUCAUUCCGUGUCAGAGCUGUCAAUGCAGCAGGCGAGAGUGAACCUAGUGAACCAAGUGAUCCAGUGCUCUGCAAGGAGAGACUCAAUCCUCCAUCACCCCCAAGAUGGCUUGAAGUAGUUUCUAGUAGCAGGAACAGCGCUGAUUUGAAAUGGACAGCUCCUGAGAGAGAUGGUGGCUCUCCAAUCACAAACUACAUUAUUGAGAAGAGAGAUGUCAGACGCAAGGGCUGGCAGGCUGUGGAUACCACUGUGAAAGAGCUGAAGUACACUGCCACCCCACUGAAUGAGGGGUCUCUCUAUGUUUUCCGUGUUGCUGCAGAGAAUGCUGUGGGACCCAGUGAAUUUUGUGAACUUGUAGACUCUGUUCUCGCCAAAGAUACUUUCAGUACCCCUGGACCUCCAUAUAAUCUGACCAUUACUGAUGUCUCCAAGACUCAUGUUGACCUGAAAUGGGAAGCACCUAAGAAUGAUGGUGGAAGACCUGUCUUGAGAUAUGUCAUUGAGAAGAAGGAGAAACUUGGUACCCGCUGGGUGAAAUCAGGAAAGACUUCAGGUCCUGACUGCCAUUACAGAGUGACUGAUGUAAUUGAGGGCACUGAAGUGCAGUUCCAAGUCGCUGCUGAGAACGAGGCUGGAAUUGGUCACCCAAGCGAACCCACAGAUAUUGUGAUCAUUGAGGACCCAACAGGCCCACCAUCACCACCUCAGGAACUGCACGUCACUGAGGCAGCCAGAGAUCAUAUUUGUAUUGCUUGGAAGGCACCAGAAAAGAAUGGAGGAAGUCCCAUUAUUGGCUACCAUAUUGAGCUCUGUGAGACUGGAACUGAGAAGUGGAUGAGAGUCAACUCUCGUCCUGUCAAAGAGCUAAAAUACAGGGCAGGGGAUGAAGAGGGCAUUGUUCCUGAGAAGCAGUAUACCUUCAGAGUCCGUGCUGUCAAUUCUGUUGGUGACAGUGAGCCCUCUGACAUUUCUGAGAAUGUAUAUGCCAAAGAUUCUGACUGCAGCCCAACCCUUGACUUCCAGACCAAGGAUCUUGUUGUUGUAGAGGGUGAAAAGAUGCACCUCCCAAUUCCAUUUAGGGCUGUGCCAUCACCUAAGAUUACAUGGCACAAAGAUGGAAACGAACUGAAGACUGAUGACAGAACUUUCUUCAGAGUUGAAUACCCAUCAUGCCAUCUGGAAAUUCCAAGCUGCUUACACGCUGAUGCUGGCCAGUACAAAGUUACCUUGGAGAACAGCAAUGGUUCAGCUAGUGGAACAAUCAAUGUUAAAGUUAUCGGUCUUCCUGGGCCAUGUAAAGAAAUUGUUGCUAGUGAGAUUACCAAGAGCACCUGCAAGGUGUCCUGGGAUCUUCCAGACUAUGAUGGUGGUAGCCCUAUUCUCCACUAUGUGCUACAACGCAGAGAAGCAGGCAGGAGAACCUAUGUCAAUGUUAUGUCUGGAGAAAACAAAGUUAGCUGGCCGGUUAAGGAUCUCGUUCAAAAUGGAGAGUAUUACUUCCGUGUCAGAGCUGUCAACAAGAUUGGUGGUGGUGAAUACAUUGAACUUCGCAACCCUGUAAUUGCUGAAGAUCAGAAGCAACGUCCUGACCCACCAGUCGAUGUGGAAACACACAACCCAACUUCUGAGAGUGUGACCCUUACUUGGAAGCCUCCCAUGUAUGAUGGUGGAAGCAAAAUUAUGGGUUACAUUCUUGAGAAGAUGAUAAAAGGGGAAGAGAACUUUCAGAGAUGCAAUGACUUCCUUGUGCCAGUGCUGUCCUAUACUGUUAAGGGGUUGAUGCAAGGAAAACAAUAUCAGUUCCGUGUACGUGCUGAAAAUGCAGCUGGUAUCAGUGAUCCUUCACGCAGCACACCUUUGAUCAAAGCCACAGAUGCAGUUGAUCGUCCAAAGGUAUUCCUUAGCGGUAGUCUACAAUCAGGCUUGACUGUGAAACGAGGUGAGGAGAUCCGAUUGGAUGCCAAUAUCUCUGGAUUCCCUUACCCCCAAAUUACAUGGAUGAGGGACAAUUCAACCAUUUGGCCAGAGCCACUGAAGAAGAGACCAGAAAGGCCCAUUAAGAAGAAGAAGGAGAAAGAACAAGAAAAGGAGGAAAAGAAGGAGGCUGAUGCAGAAAAGAAAGAGGCAGAUACAGAAAAGGAGGAAGCCAAAGAGGCAAAGAAGGUGGAGGACAAGGAAAAGGAGAAAGAAAAAGAAAAGGAGGUGGAGGAACCUGAGGAGCCUGAAGAAGCAUACCACCCAAGCUUAAAUGAACGUCUUACCAUUGAAUCCAAGAGGAAGGGUGAAUCCUUCAUUAUUGUAAAAGAUACUAUCAGAGGCGAUCAUGGGGUUUUCACCAUAAAAGUGGAAAAUGAUCAAGGUGUUGCCUCUGCCUCCUGUGAAGUUAAUGUCCUUGAUACUCCUGGUCCUCCAGUCAAUUUCAAAUUUGAAGAUGUAAGGAAGAACUCAAUCCUCUGUAAGUGGGAUCCUCCUCUGGAUGAUGGUGGUAGUGAAAUCCUUAACUACAUAUUGGAACAAAAAGAUAACUCCAAGGUGGAGCUUGGAUGGGUCACUGUAACCUCAAUCCUUAGAGGCUGUAAAUUUCAAGUACCAAAACUUAUUGAGGGCAAGGAGUACCUCUUCCGUGUCACUGCAGAGAAUAAGUAUGGUCCUGGAACCCCAUGCAUCUCCAAACCCGUCAGUGCAAAGAAUCCAUUCGAUCCUCCAGAUGCGCCGGAGAAACCUGAAAUUAAGGAUUCCACGGCCAGCAGUAUGCUUGUUACCUGGACGGAACCCAAAGACAAUGGCAGCCCCAUUGAGGGAUACUGGGUAGAGAAACGAGAAGUUAACAGCACACACUGGGCAAGAGUCAAUCGCACCAUGGUUCCUGAUUUGGAAAUAAAUGUAGAGGGCCUUUUGGAGGGUCUGACAUAUAUUUUCAGAGUCUGUGCGGAAAAUGUAGCAGGACCUGGAAAGUUCAGCCCCCCGUCAGAACCAAAAACAGCACAGGCACCAAUCAGGCCCCCAGGUCCACCAAUUCCAAGAAUUGUUGACACCUCAGACUAUUCAAUUGAUGUUGAAUGGGAUCCUCCUGCAGACAAUGGUGGCGCAGACAUCUUUGGUUAUCAUGUUGACAAAGUUGUUGCUGGUACCAAAGACUGGUCACGAGCCACAGAGAGACCAUGGAAGAACCACACAUUUACAGUGUAUGGUGUUAGAGAAGGAGCUAAAUAUAUUGUCCGUGUAGUGGCAGUCAAUUGUGCUGGUGAAGGACAACCAGGUUUUACUGAUGCAGUAAUUGUGAGAAACCCUGCAGAGGUUCCAGUCAUCGAGCUUGAUAUCUCAAUGAAAAAUGGUGUUGUUGUUAGAGCUGGAGAGAUGCUGAGAAUUCCAGCACAUGUGACUGGUAGACCUUUUCCAUCUUUGAAAUGGACAAAGGAUGAUGAUCCAUUAGAAAAAGAUCGUAUGGAGGUAGAGGAAGCUGGAAAGGACAGCACUAUUGUUAUCAAAACCACAAAGAGAAGUGAUCAAGGCAAAUACCAAAUCCAAGCAGCAAAUCCAAGUGGUAUCAAGUCUGCAUGGACCAGGGUUGAAGUUAUGGAUGUUCCUGGACCAGUUCUUGACCUGAAACCUGUUGUGGUUACCAGAAAGCUAAUGAUGUUGAAUUGGUCAGAUCCUGAUGAUGAUGGUGGUAGUGAUCUGACAGGGUUUAUUAUUGAAAGGAGGGAACCAAAGAUGCACACAUGGAGACAACCUAUUGAGACCGCUUCAUCCAAAUGUGAGAUUGUAGGUAUUAUUGAGGGACAGGAAUACAUUUUCCGUGUUGUGGCUAAGAAUAAGUAUGGAUGUGGACCUCCAGUCGAUCUUGGACCUAUCCGUGCUGUGGAUCCUCAAGGUCCACCAACUUCUCCUGAAAAGUUCCACUAUACCGAGCGGACCAAAUCCUCUGUUACUAUUGAAUGGAGGCAACCUCGUAAUGAUGGUGGUAGUCCAAUCCUUGGCUACAUCAUUGAGAAAAAGCGACAAGAUCAACCAGCCUUCCAGCGUGUCAACCCAGAGUUGAUGACUGCUCAAAUUUUGACAGUUGAAGACCUUGAUGAGUUGCAUAUGUAUGAGUUCCGUGCAAAGGCUGUCAAUGCAUUUGGUGAAAGUGAGCCUUCAAUUACCAUGACUGUUGUCAUUCAAGAUGAUGAAGUGGCUCCAAGUCUGCAUAUGUUAAAGCACUUCAAGGGUGAUUUGAUUCAAGUAAGGAAAAACCAACCUAUUGAGAUGCCCGCUGAAGUCACAGGCCUGCCAAUGCCAAAGAUCGAAUGGCUGAAGGAUGAUGUUGUUAUUGCCAAGCCAACUGAGAAACUCCUGAUAGAAACCAAAGAGAUUGAUAGGCUGACAUCACAUACAAAACUCUCCAUCCCUGGUGUUACUAGAUUGGACAAGGGCACAUACACAGUUACUGCCUCAAAUCGUUUGGGAUCUCUUGGUCAUUCCAUCACGGUGGAAGUGUUGGAUCGCCCAACACCACCAAGAAACAUUGCUGUUUCAGAUAUCAAAGCUGAGUCUUGCAAACUAUCCUGGGAUGCCCCAUUGGAUCUUGGUGGCAGUGAACUUACCAACUACAUUGUUGAGAUGAAAGACCUUAAUGGUGAAGAUCCUGAAAAGGCCGAGUGGGUGCAGGUUACUAACUCCAUUAUCGAGAAGCAUUAUGCGGUAUGGAACCUGGAAACUGGUGGCAACUAUAAAUUCAGAGUCAAAGCUGAGAAUAAAUAUGGAAUAAGUGAGGCCUGUGAAACAGAGGAGGUUCAGAUUAAGGAUCCUUUUGCUCUGCCUGGCCCACCUGAGAAGGUCACUAUUGCUGAGCGCUCUAAGACCCAUAUGUUACUGACAUGGGAACCACCUAGGGACAGUGGUGGUUCUAUGAUUACUGGCUACUGGCUUGAGAAGCGUGAAAAGGGCACUUCCUAUUGGUCUCGCGUGAAUAAGAUCCUGGUGUCAAACCGUGGCAUGAAAGGCUGGGAAUACCAGGUUACCCGUCUCAUCGAAGGAACGGAGUAUGAAUUCCGUGCAAUGGCUUGUAAUUCUGCUGGUAUUGGACCACCUAGUGCCAUCUCAGAGUCUGCCGUUGCUGACGAUCCCUUGACUCCACCUAGCAUGCCAGCAGCUCCUGAGAUUGCUGACAAAACCAAGCAUAAUGUCACCCUUGCGUGGACCCCACCAGCUAAAGACGGUGGCCGCCCCAUCAAAGGUUAUAUCAUUGAGAUCCAGGAUGAAGGCACUUCUGAGUGGUCCAGGAUCAAUGAUGCUGAAAAUCUGCAUCCUUCUACUGUGUUCACCGUUCCAAACCUCCCAGAACUUAAGAAAUACAGAUUCAGAAUCAUUGCAGUCAAUGAAAUUGGCGAGUCUGAGCCAAGCCCCAGAACCACUGAAGUUCGCAUAGAGGACAUUCAAACUGCACCAAAGAUCUUCGUGGAUAUCAGUGCUAAUGAACUGCUCUGUAUCUGUGCUGGAACUCCAUUUAAGAUUCCAGCUACCAUCACAGGACGUCCUGUUCCUAAAGUUUCAUGGGAGUUUGAUGGCAAAGCAAAGACAGAAAAGAAGGAUCGUCUCCAUGUCUUACCAGUGGAUUCACAGGUUGAAUCUACGGACACUACCUCAGUUGUUACAAUUCCUGUGAGUUUGAGAAGCCAUUCUGGCAGGUACACAAUUACAGCAAAGAACAAAUCAGGACAGAAGCAUGUCAAUGUCAGAGUAAAUGUGCUUGAUGUUCCUGGAGCACCCAAAGAGCUCAAAGUUACUGAUGUCACCAGCACCACAAUGAGACUUAUUUGGAAACUGCCAGAUAAUGAUGGUGGUGAGAGAAUCAAGAGUUAUUUUAUUGAAAAGAAGGCUGUGAAUGGAAAGGCUUGGACAGUUGUCAACGCUGCUUGUGCCAGCAUGGCCUUUGUUGUGUCCAACCUCCUCGAGGGACAAGACUACUUGUUCCGUGUUCGUGCUGAGAAUCGCCUUGGCUUUGGACCAUUUACCGAGACCACAGAGCCUGUUAGGGCAAGGGAUCCUAUCUAUCCUCCUGAUCCUCCUACCAAGGUGAAAAUUAACCUUGUUACCAAGAACACUGUGACCCUGACAUGGGUGCCUCCCAAGAAUGAUGGUGGAGCACCAGUAAAACAUUAUAUCAUUGAGAGGCUGAGCUGGGAUACCAGUGGUCCACAGAAAGAGACGUGGAAACAGUGUAACAAGAGAGAUGUUGAAGAGACUACCUUCAUUGUUGAAGACCUUAAGGAAGGUGGCGAGUAUGAGUUCCGUGUUAAAGCUGUGAAUGGAGCUGGCGCAAGCAGACCCUCUGUUACUGCCGGACCAGUUGUCAUUAAGGACCAGACAUGUGGUCCAAGUAUUGAACUCAGAGAGGCUUUAGAAGGUGCAGAAGGAUAUGAUGUCAGCAUUGUUGCCAGGAUUCAAGGCUGCCCAUUCCCAUCUCUUGUCUGGCACAAGGCUCCACAGGAAAAGCCUGAUGACAAAGCACUUGUACAGUAUGACAAACAUGUCAAUAAACUUGUUUCUGAUGAGAAAUGCACCCUGUUAAUUCAGCAGUCAAAGAGAGAUGACAGCGCCGUAUACACUCUCACAGCCACCAACAGUUUGGGAACAGCCACCAAGAGCAUCAAGCUUAGCAUUUUGGGACGUCCUGGUGUACCUGUAGGACCAAUUAAGAUUGGGGAGAUUUUCGCUGAAAGGAUUGGCCUCUCCUGGAAUCCACCAUUAGAUGAUGGCGGUUCCAAGGUUACAAACUAUGUCAUUGAAAAGCGUGAGGAAAACAGAAAAACAUGGGUCCAUGUCUCUAGUGAUCCAAAGGAAUGCCAAUACACUGUACAAAGGCUAACAGAGGGCCAUGAGUAUGAGUUCCGUGUUAUGGCUCAGAAUAAAUAUGGAGUUGGACCACCUUUGUACAGUGAACCUGAGAAAGCACGUAACCUUUUCACUGUGCCUGGCCAAUGUGAGAAGCCAACUGUCACAGAUGUUUCACUUGAAUCUAUGACCGUUAACUGGGAUGAACCAGAAUAUGAUGGUGGCUCUCCUGUAACUGGCUACUGGCUAGAGCGUAAGGAAACUACAGGCAAGCUCUGGACAAGAGUGAAUCGUGAACCUAUCAGAAUCAGGACUCUAGGAGUUUCCCAUAUUGUGACAGGUCUCUUGGAGGGUGCUAUCUACCAGUUCCGCGUUCUUGCAAUUAAUGCAGCUGGAAGCGGCCCACCUAGUUUACCUUCUGAUCCUGUUGCAUGUAGAGAUCCCAUAGCACCUCCAGGACCUCCAACACCAAAAGUAACGGAUUGUACCAAGUCAACUGUUGAUCUUGAAUGGAUUCCUCCACUUAUUGAUGGUGGAUCUAAGAUCACAGGAUAUUUUGUUGAGUACAAAGAAGAAGGACAAGAGGAAUGGGAGAAGGUUAAAGACAAGGAAAUCAGAGGCACCAAGUUUGUUGUUCCUGGACUUAAAGAGCUUGGACUCUAUAGAUUUAGAGUGAGAGCUGUAAAUUCUGCAGGUGUGGGAGAACCUGGCGAGGUUGCUGAGGUGAUUGAAGUCAAGGAUAGGACAAUUCCCCCUGAGGUAGACCUGGAUGCAACUGUCAAGGAAAAGAUUGUUGUUCACGCUGGUGGGGUAAUCCGCAUCCUGGCCUAUGUGUCAGGAAAGCCUGCUCCAGAAAUUAUUUGGAAUAGAGAUGAUGGUGAUUUGCCAAAGGAGGCUGCUAUUGAGAUCACUUCUAUAAGUUCAGCUUUGGUUAUCAAAAGUUGUAGGAGACAACACCAAGGCAUUUAUACAUUGACUGCCAAGAAUGCAGGUGGAGAGAGGAAGAAAGCAGUCAUUGUUGAAGUGCUGGAUGUCCCUGGCCCCGUGGGUCUGCCCUUCUCUGGUGAGAAUCUCACCAAUGACUCUUGUAAGUUGACAUGGUACUCUCCUGAAGAUGACGGUGGCUCAGCUAUCACCAACUAUAUAAUUGAGAAAAGAGAAGCUGACCGCAGAGGCUGGACUUCAGUGACAUAUACUGUCACAAGACACAAUGCUGUUGUCCAGGGUCUUAUUGAUGGCAAGGGUUACUUCUUCAGAAUUGCGGCUGAAAAUAUUAUUGGGCUGGGUCCGUUCACUGAGACCUCAGCUCCUGUCGUCAUCAAGGAUCCACUUUCUGUACCUGAGCGCCCAGAGGAUCUUGAGGUGACAGCCAUCACAAAUGAUUCAAUCAGUGUCACAUGGAGACCUCCAAAGUAUGAUGGAGGUUCAGACAUUACAAGCUAUGUUCUUGAGGUUCGUCUUAUCGGACAGGACAACUUCAGCCGUAUUGCCAUAGAGGACAAACUUAUGGAACGUAAAUUCACACACGUGGGUCUUAAGGAAGGUUCUUCUUACGAAUUCCGAGUUAGUGCUGUGAAUCAAAUCGGUCAAGGCAAACCAUCAUUCAGCACCAAACCAGUUGCAUGCAAAAAAGAGUUUGAACCACCAAACCUUGAUCUUGAGUUCCGUGACAAGCUUGUUGUUCGUGUUGGGGAAACUUGCACUCUUCAAAGUGGGUACUCAGGAAAACCAGCACCAACUAUUAAAUGGUUCAAAAAUGAUGAGGAGCUUCAGGCAAAUGAAGAAAUUGCUCUCACCAGCACAAAGAAUAAAUUGUGCUUGACUAUUGCAAAGGCAAAACGUGAUCACAGUGGAAAAUACACUGUUGUUCUGGAGAACUCCAUUGGCUCACGCAAGGGCAUAUGUAAUGUUAUUGUUGUCGACCGUCCACAACCUCCAGAGGGUCCUGUUAUCUUUGAUGAGAUCUACAGGAAUUAUAUGCUCAUUUCCUGGAAGCCCCCACUGGAUGAUGGUGGAGCUGCUAUUUCUAACUAUAUUGUUGAAAAGAGAGACACCAACAGGGAUCUAUGGAUGCCUGUUACAGAAUCUUGUACAAGGGCAUCAUGCAGAGUUCCAAAACUGAUUGAGGGAAGAGAGUACAUCAUUAGAAUCUGUGCUCAGAAUAUUCAUGGCAUUAGUGAUCCAUUGCUAUCUGCUGAGACAAAAGCAAAGGAUGUUUUCAAGGUUCCAGAUGCUCCACUGGCACCUGUGGUAAAAGAAAUCUAUAAAGAUACAGCGCUGAUUUCAUGGCUUCAGCCAGCUGAUGGUGGAAAACCAAUCACAAGCUACAUUGUUGAAAAGAAGGAGACCAAGGCCAACAUGUGGUCUAGAGCUGGAAAAGACCGCAUUUACCCUAACACAGAAUUCUGGGUUCCUGAUCUUCUCAAGGGAUGUGAAUAUGAAUUCCGUGUCAUGGCAGAGAAUGUGAUUGGUGUUGGUGACCCCAGCCCAUCAUCAAAGCCCAUCUAUGCCAAAGAUCCUAUUGUGAUUCCAAGCCCACCUGUACUUCCAGUAGCAAUUGACAAGACAAAAGAUUCUGUCACUCUUUCUUGGCAACCACCAAAAGACUGUGGCAGAGGCAAAAUUUUUGGCUAUCUCAUUGAGUAUCAGAAAGCUGGUGAUGAGGAAUGGUUUCAAGUUAAUCAAACACCUGACUCUUGCCAGGGCACUACAUUCAAGGUUAUCAACCUUGAGGAUGGUGCACUUUACAGAUUCAGAGUGAAGGCAGUGAAUGCUGCUGGUGAAUCAGAUCCUGCAUAUGUCCCAGAGCCCGUUCGAGCACAAGACAGACUUGAGCCCCCAGAACUUCAACUGGAUUUGGGCAUGCCUCGUGAGAUCAAAGCAAUGGCUGGAACCCAUAUUAAUAUUAUUGCUGGAAUCAAGGGAAUACCUUUCCCCAAAGUCACAUGGAAGAAAAAUGAGGCAGAUGUUCCAACAAGAGCAGAGAUUGAAACAUCUGGAAUAGCAACCAAACUAGAGAUGCGUUAUUGCACCCGCGCAGAUUGUGGAGAUUACACACUUACUGUUGAAAAUCCAGCUGGAUCAAAGACAGCCACAUGCACCGUGCUUGUUCUUGACAAGCCUGGACCAGUUCAGCAUCUCAGAGUAUCUGAUGUCAGAUGUGAUUCUGCCCAGCUAUCUUGGAAAGACCCAGAAGAUAAUGGUGGUACACGCAUCACUAACUUUGUUGUUGAGAAAAAGGAUGCAGCAUCUGUACAAUGGGUGCCAAUCUGCUCAUCUUCCAAAAAACGUAGCAUGUUGGCCAAACAUUUGAUUGAGGGAACGUCAUACAUGUUCCGUGUGGCGGCUGAAAAUCAGUUUGGAAGAAGUGAAUAUGUUGAGACACCAAAAGCUAUUAAAGCAAUGAAUCCACUGUUCCCACCUGGUCCACCUAAAGACCUGCAUCAUGUAGAUGCUGACAAAACUGAGGUGUGGCUCCAGUGGAAUUGGCCUGAUCGUACAGGAGGAAGUGACAUCACAGGGUUCUUGGUUGAGUACCAAGAAGAAGGUGAAAGGGAUUGGGUAGUUUUUAAGACUGUCAGCAUUCCUGAGUGCCAUGUGACUGGACUGGAAGAAGGAAAGACCUACAGGUUCCGUGUUAAGACAGAGAAUGCAGUUGGUUUAAGUAGACCAGACACCACUGUGCCAGUACUUUGCCAGGAAAAACUAGUGCCACCAAUUGUUGAGGUGGAUGUGAAGUUGAUAGAGGGAAUCAUUGUGAAAGCUGGAAGCACUAUUAGAUUGCCUGCCAUUAUGAGAGGCCUUCCGGUUCCCACUGCCAAAUGGGUCAUUGAUGGAGAGGAAAUAAAGAGUGAAGGCAAUAUCAAAAUUGACACUGACAACUUCUCCACUGUUCUGAGCAUUGCUGACUGCACAAGACAUCACACUGGAAUCUAUAUUCUCACAGUGUCUAACUCAGCAGGAAGUAAGACUGUUUCUCUGAAUGUCACAGUGCUUGAUGUGCCAGCUGCCCCAAUAGGUCCUGUAAAUAUCCUUGAAGUGACUCCUGACUCCAUGGUCAUUGAAUGGCGUCCUCCUAAAGAUGAUGGUGGAAGCCCUGUCAUGAACUAUAUUGUUGAGAAGAGGGAAUCGAAUAAGGAAACUUGGGGAGGAGUAAGUUCUGGCAGCACUUCCACAACACUCAAAAUUUCUCGUCUGCAGCAAGGAGUUGAGUAUGUUUUGAGAAUUCGUGCUGAAAAUAAAAUGGGAAUUGGCGCAGCUCUUGAAAGUGCUCCAACUGUAGCCCGGCACCAGUUUGAGCCCCCUGGCCAUCCUGGAAAACCAGUUGCAUCUGAUAUUUCUGAAGAUGCCCUCACACUUGGAUGGACAAUGCCUCUGUUUGAUGGUGGUAGUCCGAUCAGUGGUUAUAUUAUUGAACGAAGACAUAAAGGAGGAAAAUGGAUUAGAGUGAAUAAAACACCUUGCAAGGACCUUAGAUACAGAGUACUUGGGCUUUUUGAAGAUAAUGAAUAUGAAUUCAGAGUAUUUGCUGAAAAUGUUGCUGGCUUUAGUGGACCUUCACCUAUCUCAGAUCCUGCCAAACCUUGCAGACCAAUUACUGUUCCAGGACCUCCAGUGAACCCUAAGGUAAAGGACUACAGUUGCACAUAUGCUGACUUAGUCUGGAUCAGACCCACAAGAGAUGGAGGCAGUCCAGUCUUAGGAUAUAUUGUUGAAUACCAGAAGGCAGGUGCUGAGUGGGAGAAAGUAAAUAAGGAUGAUCUAAUUAAACAGUGUGCUUAUAGAGUUAAGGGACUGACAGAGGGCACAGAAUACAGGUUCCGUGUUAAAGCCGUCAACAUGAUUGGAGAAGGUGAGACCAGGGAAAUCCCAGAGUCAGUUAUUGCUAAGGAUAUUGUCAUUCCUCCGGAAAUUGAGGUGGAUGCCACAUGCCGUGACUGUUUGACUGUUCGUGUUGGGCAUAACAUUAAUGUCGUAGCAUAUGUAAAAGCACGACCUGAUCCAGAAAUCACUUGGAGCAAAGGUGAAAGUGUUUUUGAAAAGGACAAGCGCACCACUCUGACAAACAACUUCCCAGUAGUGCAAAUGCGUAUCAAGGAAGCAACCAGAGCAGAUCAUGGAAAGUAUACACUAAAAGCUGUAAAUGAAGCUGGAGAGGCCUCAGCUACUAUUACAGUAAAUGUUCUGGAUAGACCUGGGCACUGCCAAAAUCUUAAGUUGACCUAUGUAACUAAAAACUCUUGCAUGGUGUCCUGGGAUGCACCAGAGGAUAAUGGAGGCACUGAGAUAACAAAUUACAUUGUGGAAUGUCGGGAGCCAAGUAUACGAGCCUGGUCAAUGAUCUCAUCUGACUGCACAAAUCGCAUGGUAAAGGCUAAGCUCAUGGAAAAUCAUGAAUAUUUAUUCCGUGUAUCUGCCGAGAACAAGUGUGGUCCUGGGCCAGCAACAGAAACCAAAACUCCCAUCCUUGCAAUCGACCCACUUCAGAAGCCAGGUGAGCCAGAGAACUUCCACGUCAGUGAUAUUGGUAAAAACUUAGUUUUCCUUAAAUGGAGAAAACCAGAUUAUGAUGGUGGCAGUCCUAACCUGGGCUACUAUUUGGAGAAAAAAGCAAAGAAUGCUGAAGAGUGGGAGAAGGUACAUGAAGGAGUCCUGAAAGAGACAUUCUUCAUGGUAGACAAAUGUGUUGAGAACCACACAUAUCAAUUUAGAGUCCAGUCAACAAAUGAUGGAGGAGAAAGUGCCUGGGUUAGGACAUCUGAUAUUCUUGUCAAAGAAGAAGUUCAGAAACCAGUUCUUGACUUGAAAUUUGUUGGUACUGUUGUGGUCAAAGCUGGUGAAUCAGUUAGACUUGAAGCUGGACUUAGAGGAAAACCACAGCCUGAGGUUACAUGGGUUAAGGAAAAGACUACAGGCGAUAACCCAAGGAUCAGCAUUGACACUGGACAUGAUUACUCCAAAUUCCUCCUUACUAAAACCAAGCGUAGUGAUACUGGAAAAUAUGUGGUCACUGCUACAAACUCAGCAGGAUCAUUCACAGCAUAUGCCAAUGUUACAGUUUUGGAUAUACCAGGACCUGUCAGAGAUAUGAAGGUUUCUGGCAUUUCCACAGACAAGUGCAGAGUUGUAUGGGAUCCUCCAGAGGAUGACGGCGGUUGUGAGGUGGACAGCUAUAUUCUAGAGAAAUGUGAGACGAGAAGAAUGGUUUGGUCCACUUACUCUGCCUCUGUUGUCACCAAUUACUGUAAUGUAACACGUCUUGUUGAAGGAAAUGAGUACAUAUUCAGGGUAAGAGCAGAAAAUAAGAUGGGAACUGGACCACCAAUGGAGAGCAAGCCUAUUACUGCUAAGACACAAUACAACAGGCCUGGUCCACCUGAUGCACCUGAGGUAACAAAAAUUGGUAAAGAUGAGAUGACUGUGGUAUGGGCUCCUCCUGAAAACGAUGGCGGAAAGUCUAUCACUGGUUACAUUCUGGAGAGAAAAGAAAAGCGGUCUGUUCGGUGGGUCCCUGUCACAAAGAGCCCUAUCUCUGAGAGGCGUAUGAAGGUCACCAAUCUGAUCCCUAACCACGAAUAUCAAUUCCGUGUCAAAGCAGAAAAUGAAGUAGGAUUGGGAGAACCAAGCAAACCAUCCAGACCCAUCACUGCAAAAGAUCCAAUUGAGCCCCCUGGUCCUCCUGGCAGCCUUAAAGUAGUUGACAGCACGAAGACAUCCGUUACACUUAGCUGGGCGAAGCCUGUGUAUGAUGGUGGUGCUCCAAUUAUUGGAUAUCUGGUUGAAAUGAGGGAUAAGGUGCAAAUGGAAGGUGAACAAGAGAGAGAGCCAGAGGAAGGCUGGAAGAAAUGUAAUACUGCUGGACAGCUUGUCAUAACUGAAUUUACAAUGAUUAACUUGGAUGAGAGACAGGAAUAUGAAUUCCGGGUGUCUGCUCAAAACCAAGUUGGCAUGGGCCGUCCUGCAAACCUCAAGGAUGCUGUAUCACCAAAGGAGAUCCAUGAAACUCCAGAGAUUGAUCUUGAUGCUAGUCUAAGAAAAGGCCUUAGCGUAAGGGCAGGAUGUCCUAUCAGACUUUUUGCAACAAUUAGAGGAAGACCAGCACCUAAAGUGACUUGGAAGCGCAUGGGUGUUGACAAUGUCAUUAGGAGGGGCCAUGUGGAUCAGAUUGAUACAAUGACCUUCCUUGUGAUUCCUGAGAGCUCACGUGAAGACUCUGGCAAAUAUUCUUUGACUCUUUCUAACCCCUCUGGAGAAAAGGCUGUGUUUGUUCGUGUUAAAGUCUUAGAUACUCCUGGUCCCGUUGGUGGACUGGAGGCAACUGACAUUACCAAGACAACCUGCCAGCUUGCAUGGUUGCCUCCAGAAAAUGAUGGUGGUAGCCCAAUCUUAAACUAUGUUGUUGAGAAGCGUGAGGUUGAUAGGAAGACAUGGACAAAUUGCACAAGUGACUUGAAGAAAACAAGCUUCAAAGUCACGACUCUGACACCAGGAAUAGAAUACUACUUCCGGGUCAUGGCAGUUAACAAGUAUGGCAUUGGGUUGCCUCAAGACUCACCAAAAUCCUACCUCGCUACAGAUCCCAUGAGUGAGCCUGAUCCUCCGAAGAAGAUGGAUAUAUUAGAAAUUACUAAAAACAGUGCAACUCUAGGGUGGCUGAAGCCACUUAGAGAUGGUGGAUCUAAGAUUAAUGGCUACAUUGUUGAAUACCAGCAGGAUGGUCAACCUGAGGACAAGUGGACAUUAUACUCUGUUGUGAAAGACUUGACAAUUGUUGUAGCUGGACUGAAAGAAAACACUAAGUACAGAUUCAGGGUUGCAGCAAGAAACGCAAUAGGAUGCAGUUUGGCAAGAGAAGCUGAGGGCAUAUUUGAGGUCAAAGAACAGCUGAUGGCACCAAAGAUCAUCAUGUCUGAUGUGGUUACAGCAAGAGCAGGAUCUAAACUUAUAGUCGAGGCUCUUGUGUCUGGGAAGCCCGCUCCAGUCACAAAAUGGAAAAGGGGAAAUGAUGACAUAGUUACAUCAGAUCGUCUCUUCAUACAAAAAACCCCAACCACAAAUUCACUUUUGAUCAAAGAUGUCACAAGGAAGGAUAGUGGUUAUUACAGUCUGUCUGCUGAAAACAGCACUGCAAAGGUCAACCAGAUCCUCCGAAUAAUUAUUCUGGACAUCCCUGGUCCUCCACAGGGUCCUCUACAAAUUCUUGAGUUUGACAUGGAUUCCUGCACACUUGCAUGGGAUUCACCUGCUGAAGAUGGUGGCAGCAACAUCACAAACUACAUUGUUGAGAAGUGUGAUGUGAGCAGAGGUGACUGGGUCACAGUGGCAUCUUGCACCAAGACCAGCUGCAGAGUUGGAAAGCUCACACCUGGCAAAGAGUAUGGCUUCCGUGUCCGUGCUGAAAACCGUUUUGGCAUUUCAGAACCAAUUUACUCUGAGAAAAUGAUUGCUAGACAUCCAUUUGAUCCACCCAGUGAGCCAAGGAACUGUUGUGUCAACAAAAUCAACAAGGAAUCUGUUGUGUUGUCAUGGGAGGGACCAGUGAACGAUGGUGGCAGUCCCAUCACUGGAUAUUGCAUUGAGCGUAAAGAAAGAAAUAGCCUCCUGUGGGUCAAGGCAAAUGAGGUCCUUGUUCGUUCAACUGAAUAUACAUGCUCUGGCCUCAUUGAUGGUCUAGAGUACACAUUCAGAGUGGCUGCUGUCAACAAGGCGGGACAAGGCAAACCAAGCAAGCAGACAGAUUUUAUCACUGCAAGAAGUCCAGUUGAUCCACCUGGAAAACCCCAAGUUCUUGAUGUGACCAGAAAUUCUGUCUCUCUUGUCUGGAGCCGUCCAAAACAUGAUGGUGGAAGUAAACUCAUUGGUUAUGACGUUGAAUCUCUGAAGCUUCCAGGUGACAAAUGGGUGCGAGUUAACACAAGCAGUCAAAAUAUACCAAAGGAAGAGUACAUUGUUCCUGGACUUGAGGAGGGAGCCCAAUACAAGUUCAGAAUAAUUGCAAAGACAGCAAUUAAUGUCAGUCUGCCCUCAGAGGAAUCUGAUGCUAUCCCAAUUAUUGCAGAGCAUGUUCCACCUAGAGUUGAGAUUAGUCUUGAAAUGAAGAACUUAAUUGUUGUCAAAGCCGGGGCAAAUGUCUGCCUGGAGGCUGAAGUUUUUGGCAAACCAUUGCCAAAGGUCACUUGGAAGAAAGAUGGUGUUCCUUUGAAAUUGGCUGAAGGUAUGAAAAUGACUCAGAAGGUUCAUCGCUUCUGCAUGGAACUGUUCUCUGUGACAAGAAAGGAAUCGGGAGAGUACACCAUUACUGCUGAGAACCCAAGUGGCACAAAAUCUGGCAACAUUAAAUUGAAGGUUCUAGACAAACCUGGACCCCCAGCAUCAGUGAAGAUAAGCCAUGUGUUUGCCGACCGGGUGAAACUGAGGUGGGAGCCACCUCUUGCCGAUGGUGGUUCUGAAAUCACAAAUUACAUUGUUGACAAACGAGAAACAAGCAGAGCUAACUGGGCACAAGUUACUGCUAACAUCAAUGGUCAGAUAACAGACUGUUCUGUGGAGAAACUGAUUGAAGGCCAUGAAUAUGAGUUCCGCAUCAGUGCUGAGAACAAGUAUGGUGUUGGAGACCCAAUUGUGACUAACUCUGUGAUUGCCAAGAAUCCAUUUGAUGUCCCAGGACCAUGUGAACCUCCAGUUAUUACCAAUAUCACCAGGGAUCACAUGACUGUUAGUUGGAAGGCCCCUGCUGAUGAUGGCAAGGCCACCAUUCUUGGAUAUAUGGUUGAGAAACGUGAAACUCAAGACCUCAAUUGGGCUAAAGUGAAUAGAAGACCAGUUAUUGACAGGACAAUUAAAGCUGGAGGCCUCACAGAGGGAUCGGAGUAUGAAUUCAGAGUCAUUGCACUCAAUAAAGCUGGUCUUGGCAAACCAAGUGAUCCAUCAGCUGGUGUUCUUGCAGUAGACCCAGUGUAUCCUCCUGGACCACCUGCUUUUCCAAAGGUUGUUGACUCUACACACAGUUCAAUCAGUUUGUCCUGGACCAAACCCGCCUAUGAUGGUGGAUGUGAAAUUCUGGGCUAUCUUGUUGAGUUCAAAAGAGCAGAUGCAGAAGACUGGCUGAAGUGCAAUGUGCCAAAGAAUCUCCAGGCAACAAAAUUUAAUGUUACUGGUCUUAUGGAUAACACUGAGUACCAGUUCCGUGUUACUGCUGUAAACAAGAUUGGAUUUGGUGAGCCAAGUGAAGUUCCUGGAAAACAUAUGGCAAAGGAUAUCCUAAUUGCCCCUGAGGCUGAACUUGAUGCAGAUCUCAGAAAAGUACUAGUUUUACGUGCUGGAGUCACAAUGAGAAUUUAUGUACCUCUGAGAGGGCGGCCUGCUCCAAAGGCAACAUGGACUAAGGUCAAUGCAAACUUGAAAGAAAGACAAGGUCUUAUGAUCAAGACAACUGAAUGGGAUACCUUCCUUUAUUGUGAGGAUAUCAACAGAUAUGAUGCUGGCAAAUAUGUCCUAACUCUAGAAAACAGUAGUGGUACCAAGUCAUAUAUCAUUGUUGUCAAAGUACUAGACACACCUGGACCCCCAGUCAAUCUGAUUGUUAAGGAGACCUCGAAGGACCAUGCAUCUAUUACUUGGGAUGCUCCAUUAAUUGAUGGUGGUAGUCCCGUUAAGAGCUAUGUUGUUGAAAAACGUCUGGCUGAGAGAAAGGCUUGGACCUGUGUUGCUCCUGAAUGUCCCAAGACAUCUUUCAGGAUUACUAAUCUUGAAGCUGGUAAAUCUUACUGCUUCAGAGUUUCAGCUGAAAAUAUAUAUGGUAUCGGUGAGGGUUGUGAAACAGCUGGACCAGUCAAAGCCUCAGAGCAACCUGGACCAGUUACAGAUUUUAAACCUUCAGAGAUCAACAAGAAUUCUUGCACUCUUGGCUGGAAGAAACCAAUCAGUGAUGGUGGAAGCCAUAUUGUUGCAUAUGUUCUCGAGAUCUGUGAAGGGGAAGACAAAUGGAAGCUGCUAAUGAAGUCUAAGCUCACCCAGUACACAAUGACUGACCUUGAAGAAGGAAAGGAGUACUUCUUUAGAGUCAAAGCCAUUAAUGAAGCAGCUGAAGGACCAUCAUCUGAGCUCACUGUCUUGGCUAAAGAUCAAAUAGUCCUUCCAGACUGUAAUCUUAAAGGUUUGCCAGACUCUACCUAUGUGGCAAAGGAAGGAAGCACUGUUCGUCUUAAUAUCCCUAUUUUUGGUAUCCCAGCUCCUGCAGUCACAUGGAAAAAGGGUGAUGUUACUUUAUCAGACAGUGGCAGGAUCUCAGGUGAAUCAACGGCAACAAACACGGUCUUGCUGGUUCGUGAUUGCAAUAGAGGUGAUGCUGGCAAAUUCACUGUUAUUUUGAGAAACAGUGCUGGAACAAAGGAAUCAGCUAUUGACAUUAAAGUUGUUGGAAAGCCUGGAAUCUGCACCGGUCCCAUCAAAUUUGAUGAAAUCACAGCUGAAGCGAUUACUGUAGAAUGGGGUCCACCCAAAGAUGAUGGUGGAUCAGAAGUUACCAACUAUAUUUUGGAGAAGAGGCAUUCUACUGCCAACAAGUGGGUCACAGUUGCUUCUGCAAUUCAAAAGAACUCUAUGAGAGUUACAAGACUUCAUGACGGAACAGAAUACAUUUUCAGAGUUUGUGCUGAAAAUAAAUUUGGAUUUGGAGAGUUCCUCAAAUCAGAUCCAGUGGUAGCUAAACAUCCAUUCAAUGCACCAGGGGCUCCAGCACCACCUGAGGUUGUGAGCAUUCGUCAUGAGUCUGCUAUCCUAACAUGGUCUGAUCCAAAAGAUACUGGAGGCUCACCCCUCACAGGAUAUUACGUGGAAUUCAAAGAUAGAAAUAGCCUGAUGUGGAAGAGAGCCAACAAGACACCUUUGAGAGUGAAAGAAUGCAGAGUAACCAGUUUGGUUGAAGGACUGGAAUAUGAAUUUAGGGUCAUAGCUAUGAAUGUGGCUGGACUUGGAAAGCCAAGCAAAACAACUGAAUCACUUGUUGCUCUUGAUCCAAUUGAUCCACCUGGUAAACCUGAUGUGAUCAGUGUCACAAGAAACAGUGUAACACUAAUUUGGGCUGCACCCAAGUAUGAUGGUGGCCACAGACUAACUGGCUAUAUUGUCGAGAAAUUAGAGCAUCCUGGAAAGACCUGGAUGAAGGCCAACCAUGUGAAUGUCCAAAGCUGUGCAUACACUGUAACAGACCUACAGGAAGGCUGUACUUAUGAAUUCAGACUAAGGGCUAAAAAUGCAGCUGGAGCUAUCAGUGCUCCCUCAGAGACAACUGAGCCUCUUGUCUGCAAAGAUGAAUAUGAACCACCAACUAUCACAAUUGACCCUGAAAUGAAGGAUGGAGUGACUGUGAGGGCUGGAGAAACAAUUGUCGUAGCAGCAUCAAGCAUUCUUGGCAAACCACCUCCUACAGCUGUGUGGUCUAAGGGUGGAAGAGAAUUCAAGACCUCAGAUAUUGUCCAAAUUACAAGCACUCCCACAUCUUCAACACUGUCAAUCAAGUAUGCCAGCCGAAAGAACACUGGGGAGUACACUAUUACUGCAAGUAAUCCAUUUGGUAUUAAAGAAGAAAAAGUCAAAGUGAAAAUCCUGGAUGUGCCUGGACCUCCAGGUCCUAUUGAAGCCAGCAGUGUCUCUGCUGAAAAAUGCACUUUGACAUGGUUGCCACCAGAAGAAGAUGGUGGCUGCACUAUCAAAUCAUAUACAUUAGAAAAAAGAGAAACCAGCCGCCUUCUCUGGACAAAGCUUGCUGAAGAUGUUAUGGAUUGCCGCUAUGUUGCCAGCAAGCUGAUAAAGGGAAAUGAAUACAUAUUCCGUGUUUCAGCAGUCAAUCAGUAUGGUAUUGGUGAUGCAACACAGUCUGGACCAGUUAAAAUGGUUGAUAGUUUUGGACCUCCUGGGCCACCAUCAAAACCAGAAAUUGAUAACGUCAGUAAAAAUGCUAUAACAAUUUCCUGGAAGAGACCAAUUGUAGAUGGAGGAAGUGACAUUAGAGGCUAUAGUGUUGAGAGAAAAGAGAGAAGAGGAAUGAGAUGGGUCAGAGCUUCAAAAAAGACCAUUUCUGAUCUACGUUAUAAGGUCUCAGGCCUGUCAGAGGGAAUUGAAUAUGAAUUCCAUGUAACUGCAGAGAAUAAGGCUGGUUUUGGCGAGCCCAGUGAGCCAUCACAACCUGUAAUGACAAAGGAUAUUUCAUAUCCACCAGGACCUCCAUCCAACCCACGGAUUACUGACACCACCAAAACUACAGCAACAUUUAACUGGGGUAGACCCUUCUAUGAUGGUGGACUUGAUGUGACAGGAUACAUUGUUGAACAUAAAAAGGAAGGUGAUGAUGACUGGGUUCAAGACACAACUACUCCAUUGAGAAUAACAGAAUUUGUAGUUUCAAAUCUACAAUCAGGAGGAAAAUAUCACUUCAGAGUCAGAGCACUGAAUUCAGAAGGACUUGGUGAACCCUCUGAAGUUGAGCAAGUUGUUGAACUGGUGGAUCGAGAGGAGGCUCCUGAAUUUGAACUUGAUGCAGAGUUGAGAAAAACACUUGUUGUUAAGUCAGGUGCUUCAAUCCGCAUAUUUGUGCCAAUCAAGGGCAGGCCAGCUCCAGAAGUAACAUGGCAUAAGGAAGAUGUACCGCUUAAAGGCCGUGCUCACAUUGACACUACUGAAUCAUACACUCUAGUAGUCAUCCCUGAGUGUACAAGAUAUGAUGCAGGGAAAUAUGUCCUAACAUUGGAAAAUGUUGCUGGAAAGAAGUCUGGAUUUGUCAAUGUUCGUGUUGUGGACACCCCAGGACCUCCAGUGAAUCUGAAACCAAGUGAAAUCACAAAGCAUAGCAUUACUUUACAAUGGGAGAUUCCAAUCAUUGAUGGUGGUUCAAAGAUUACAAAUUAUAUCAUUGAGAAGCGGGACGCAACACGAAAGGCUUACUCAGCAGUUACAGCAAACUGGCAGAAAUGCUCGUACAAGAUUCCAGACUUGGAAGAGGGCGCUGAAUAUUACUUUAGAGUUUCUGCUGAGAAUGAAAGGGGCAUCGGUGAACCAGCAGAGACACCUGAACCAAUUAAAGCUUCUCAGGCUCCUUCUGCACCAGAUAAUCUGAUUGUUUCAGAUGUUUCCAAGGACACAGCAACUCUUGCAUGGACUAAACCAAAAUAUGAUGGUGGUAGUCGAAUCACUGGCUAUGUGAUAGAGGCUCAACUGAAAGAUUCUGAUCAGUGGACACAUGUGACAACAAUAAAAGCUUUAGAUUACACUGCAACAGAAUUGGUGGAAAAUGCAGAAUAUGUGUUCCGCAUCUUUGCUGUAAACAGCUCAGGUAGGAGUGAACCUCGUGAAAGUCGACCAGCUGUAAUCAAGGAGCAAACCACUGCUCCAGGAUUUGACCUCAGAGGUAUAUAUCAGAAAAUGGUGGUAGCUAAAGCAGGUGAUAAUCUUAAAGUUGAGAUCCCUGUUCUGGGACGUCCAAAACCACUUGUUUUAUGGAAGAAAGAAGAUCAGGAACUUAAACAGACACAGAGAAUAAACGCUGAAGAUACUGCAACUUCUACAAUUCUCAACAUUAAUGAAAUUAAGAGAAAAGACGGAGGACAGUAUUCAGUGACAGGAAAGAACAUCUUUGGAACUGUGACUGAAAUCAUUACUGUUCAAGUACAUGAUAUUCCAGGACCUCCAACUGGACCAAUAAAACUGGAUGAGGUUUCUUGUGACUAUGUGAUAAUAUCAUGGGAAGCUCCAGAAAAUGAUGGAGGAGUUCCUAUUAAUAACUACAUUGUUGAAAUGCGUGAGACAACUGGCACAUCCUGGGUAGAACUGGCAGCAACUGUUAUCCGCACAACAUUUAAAGCAGCACGCCUUACAACUGGUAUUGAAUAUCAAUUCCGUGUAAAAGCUCAGAACAGAUAUGGUGUUGGACCCUACAUAACAUCAGAACCAGUGGUGGCUGCUUAUCCAUUUGAUGUUCCAGGACAGCCUGGAAUUCCACAAGUAGUUGCCUUCACCAAGGAUUCAAUGACAAUCAGCUGGAAUGAACCUUCUUCAGAUGGAGGUAGCCCAAUUUUAGGAUACCACAUUGAGAGGAAAGAGAAGAACAGCAUUCUCUGGCAGAGGAUCAGCAAAGCUCUAGUUGUUGGCAAUAUGUUUAAAUCACCAGGUCUGAUUGAUGGUAUUGCAUAUGAAUUCCGUGUUAUUGCAGAAAAUCUGGCUGGUCUCAGCAAAGCAAGCAAGCCAUCUGAGAUGACAUAUGCACUUGAUCCUGUAGACCCCCCAGGUCAACCAGUGGCACUUAACAUAACUAGACAUGAAGUUACUCUUCAGUGGUCAAAGCCAGAGGGCGAUGGUGGUUUCUCAAUAACUGGAUAUACAGUUGAAAAAAGAGAGCUGCCUAAUGGUCGCUGGCUCAAAGCCAACUUCAGCAACAUUCUUGAAACAAACUUUACUGUUAGUGGUCUCACAGAAGAUGCUUCUUAUGAAUUCCGUGUAUUAGCAAGGAACUCAGCUGGGGCUGUCAGCAAACCAUCUAAACCUUCAGAGGUCAUUGUCUGCAGAGAUGACAUUGAAGAGCCAAAAAUUGAUGCUGAUGCAAGUUUCAGUAGUGCUGUGGUAGUGAAAGCAGGAGAUGUCUUCAAGCUAGAUGCACGUGUUACAGGUCGCCCAAUUCCAUCCUUGGUUUGGACUAAAGAUGGCAAGGAGCUUGAGGACACUGGAAAACUAGAGAUCAAAACAUCAGAUUUCUAUACUUGUUUGAUUAACAAAGAUUCUUUACGUAGAGAUGGCGGUGCAUACGCUCUAACUGCUAGCAAUCCGGGAGGAUAUGCCAAAAUUGUCUUCAACGUUAAAGUUCUUGACAGACCUGGCCCACCUGAAGGACCACUGCAUGUCACAGACAUGACAACAGAGAAAUGUAUUCUGUCAUGGCUGCCACCACUUCAUGAUGGAGGAGGAAAGAUUGAAUAUUACAUCAUUCAGAGACGUGAAACAAGUAGACUUACAUGGACAAAUGUAGCCACGGAUUUACAAGUAAACCGCUAUAAGGUUACCAAAUUGCUGAAAGGAAAUGAAUAUAUUUUCAGAGUCAUGGCUGUGAACAAGUAUGGAGUUGGAGAACCUCUUGAAUCUGAGCCAGCUGUUGCCACUAACCCAUAUGUGCCUUCUGAUCCUCCACAGGCACCAGAAGUAACUGCUAUCACAAAACAUUCAAUGGUGGUGUGUUGGGGACAUCCUGAACACAAUGGUGGAAGUAGUAUAAAUACCUACAUCAUUGAGAGGAGAGAUAAAACUGGUCUUCGUUGGGUAAAAUGCAAUAAAAGAACUGUUACUGAUCUGCGCUUCAAAGUGUCAGGACUAACACCUGGACAUGAGUAUGAAUACAGAAUCCUAGCCGAAAAUGCUGCUGGCUUAAGUGCACCAAGCCCUUCAAGUCCAUUCUACAAAGCAUGUGACACAAUAUUUCAACCUGGACCCCCUGGAAAUCCUAGGGUUUUGGAUACAAGUAAGUCAUCCAUUACUAUUGCUUGGAAUAAACCAGUUUAUGAUGGUGGCUCAGAUAUCACAGGUUAUAUUGUUGAAACAUGCCUGCCAGAGGAAGAUGAAUGGACAAUUGUCACUCCAAAGGCUGGGCUAACAGCAACAUCAUUCACCAUAACCAACCUUAUUGAAAACCAAGAAUAUAAGAUCAAUAUUUCAGCUCUUAACUGUGAAGGUGUUGGAGAGCCAGCCUCUGUACCUGGUUCACCAAAAGCAGAAGACAGACUCCUUACACCUGAAAUCGAGCUUGACUCAGACCUUCGCAAAGUAGUGAACAUCAGAGCAUGCAGUAACUUAAGAUUAUUUGUGCCAAUUAAAGGAAGACCUGCACCAGAAGUGAGAUGGUCAAGGGAGACAGGUGAACCCCUUGAUAAAGCAUCAAUUGAAAUUACAUCAUCUUUCACCACAUUGGUUAUCGAGAAUGUAAACCGAUUUGAUGGUGGAAAAUACAUGCUAACAGUGGAAAACAGUUCAGGAACUAAAACGGCGUUUGUUAAUGUCCGAGUUCUUGACACUCCUGAUGCACCACAGAGCCUUACAAUCAAAGAAAUCACAAAAGAUUCUGCUUCCCUCAUCUGGGAUCCUCCAGUCAUUGAUGGUGGAUCAAGAAUCAGGCAUUAUAUUGUUGAAAAACGUGAAUCUACACGAAAAGCAUAUUCCAUCGUUAAUACCUCCUGUCCCAAAACAAGUUGUAGAAUUGGAGACUUACAAGAAGGAAGCAUGUAUUUCUUCAGAAUUUUGGCUGAAAAUGAGUAUGGUGUUGGUCUUCCAGUAGAGACCACGGAAGCUAUAAAAAUCUCUGAGAGACCUCUUCCUCCUGGAAAAGUGACUCUAAAAGAAGUAACUGGCAACAGUGUAACACUUUCUUGGGAGAAGCCUGACCAUGAUGGAGGAAGCAGAAUUACGGGUUAUAUUGUUGAAAUGCAAGGGAAAAACAGUGAAAAAUGGACGCAAGUAAUGACUGUUAAAGUAACAGAGGCAGUUGUUGUUGGCCUAACACAAGGUGAAGAAUACUCCUUCCGUAUUUCAGCAACUAAUGAAAAGGGAACCAGUGAUCCACGUCCACUUAGUGUUCCUGUGGUUGCUAUGGAUGUUGUUAUUGCUCCUGCCUUCAAACUUUUGUUUAGCACAUUCAGUGUUCUGGCAGGUGAUGAUCUGAAAAUUGAUGUGCCUUAUGUUGCUCAGCCCAAGGCAGCAGUUACCUGGCAAAAAGAUGGUAUUGCUCUGAAAGAGACAACAAGAGUAAAUGCUGAAAUAGCAGAGAGACACCUUUACCUUGUGAUAAAAGAGGCAACACGGGAUGAUGUGGGCAAAUAUACUAUUAAACUGACAAACUUAGCUGGUGAAGCUACAGCAGACAUCAAUGUUAUUGUACUUGAUAAACCUGGACCACCAACUGGCCCAAUCAAAAUAGAGGAGGUAACUGCAGACUGUGUUACAUUGUCAUGGCAGCCUCCAGAGUACGAGGGAGGCUGUAGCAUUAAUAACUAUAUUGUGGAAAAACGAGAUACAUCCACCACCAACUGGCAGAUUGUAUCUGCAACAGUGGCAAGAACAACAACUAAAGCUGCAAGAUUGAAGACUGGCUGUGAAUAUCAAUUUAGGAUUGCUGCUGAAAAUAGAUAUGGAAAGAGUUCAGUUCUUUUGUCUGAGCCUGUUGUUGCACAAUAUCCCUUUGAAGUUCCAAAUCCACCAGGAACUCCAACUGUUCAAUCUGCUACUAAAGAAAGCAUGGUUAUUGUGUGGAACAAACCCAGUAGUGAUGGUGGAAGCAAGAUUUUGGGAUAUCACAUUGAGAGUAAGGAAAGAAACAGCUUGUUGUGGGUAAAGCAAAACAAAACACUCAUUCCAGACACAAGAUUCAAGAUAGGUGGCCUUGAAGAAGGCAUUGAAUAUGAAUUUAGAGUUUAUGCUGAGAAUAUAGUUGGUCUAAGCAAAGCCAGCAAAGUAUCAGAAAUCCAGGUGGCUAGAGAUCCAUGUGACCCUCCAGGCAAACCUGAAGCAGUGAUUGUCACCAGAAGCUCUGUAACACUCAGGUGGACACCACCACAGUUUGAUGGCGGCAGCAAGAUUACAGGAUAUGUCAUUGAGAAAAAAGAAUUGCCUAAUGGCCGCUGGAUGAAAGCUUCUUUUACGAAUAUCAUUGAGACCGAAUUUGUUGUCAGUGGUUUGGUAGAGGAGCAGCAGUAUGAAUUUCGUGUCAUUGCAAAAAAUGCUGCAGGUGUGUCUAGUGUUCCAUCAGACAGUACUGGUGCAAUCACAGCCAAGGAUGAAGUUGAUCCACCCCAAAUUGACUUGGAUGCCAAAUAUUCUCAAACUAUUGUUGUUAAUGCUGGAGAAUCAUUCAAAGUAGAUGCAAGAAUACUUGGCAAACCUAUUCCUUCAGUUCACUGGAUAAAAUCUGGCGAAGAACUUACAAAUACUGCAAGACUUGAGAUAAAGAAUACUGACUUCACAACUACUCUUAGUGUGAAGGAGGCUAUCCGUGUUGAUGGAGGCCAGUAUACCUUGCUAUUAAAAAAUGUUGGUGGAGAGAAAUCAGUAGUUGUCAAUGUCAAGGUUCUGGACAGACCUGGGCCUCCAGAUGGCCCAAUUUCAAUCUAUGGGGUUACCAGUGAAAAGUGCUGCAUUGCCUGGAAAACUCCAUUGCACGAUGGAGGUGCGGAGGUGUCUCAUUACAUUGUGGAAAGAAGAGAGACCAGCCGCUUAGUUUGGACUGUUGUGGAAUCUAAGGUACAAACCCUCAAUCUUAAAAUUACAAAACUCCUUCCUGGAAAUGAGUAUAUUUUCAGAGUGAUACCUGUAAAUAAAUAUGGAAUUGGUGAGCCUUUAGAAUCUAAUCCAGUGAUUGCAGCAAAUCCAUUUGUCCCACCUGAUGCACCAAGUAAUGUUGAAGUGUCAAAUAUAACAAAGGAUUCCAUGGUUAUCACAUGGCAAAGACCCACUAAUGAUGGCGGCAAUGCAAUUACAGGAUAUAUUGUUGAAAAGAGAGACAAAGAAGGUGUUAGGUGGGCAAGAUGCAACAAACGUGUAGUGAGUGAACUACGCUUUAGAGUAACAGGACUUCUUGAAAACCGAAGUUAUGAAUUCCGUGUGUCUGCUGAGAAUGCAGCUGGAGUUGGUAAACCAAGUCCACUCACAGUGUACUUCAAGGCAGUGGAUCAAGUCUUCAAGCCUGGUCCACCAAACAACCCCAAGGUAAUUGAUGUCUCAAGAGCAUCUAUUGUCCUGCAUUGGGGAAAGCCAAUUUAUGAUGGUGGCUGUGAAAUUCAGAGUUACAUUGUUGAGGCAUGUGAAGUCACUUCCGAUGAAUGGAUGAUGUGUACACCACCCUCUGGAAUAACAGAGACAAGAUUUGAAGUAAAAAAACUGCUUGAAAAGCAUGAGUACAAAUUCAGAAUAUGUGCCAUAAAUAAGGUUGGUGUGGGAGAAACUGCUGAUAUCCCAGGAUCCAUUAUCAUAGAGGAUAAACUUGAGGCACCAGAUAUUGAUCUUGAUGCUGACCUGAGAAAGAUGAUUACUGUCAGGGCUGGAGGCUCUCUAAGAUUGUUUGUUCCUAUUCGUGGACGGCCAACUCCUGAAGUCAAGUGGGGAAAGGCUGAAGGUGAAAUCAACGAGGCAGCUCAAAUUGAUAUUACAAGCAGUUUCACUUCACUCAUAAUUGAAAAUGUUAAUAGAUUUGACAGUGGAAAAUACACUUUAACUCUGGAAAAUGCCAGUGGAACAAAAUCGGCAUUUAUAAGUGUCAGAGUAUUAGAUAAUCCUGAUGCACCUGCAAACUUCCGUGUGAAGGAAAUAACAAAGAAUUCAGUCACUCUUACCUGGGAGCCACCGUUGCUAGAUGGUGGAGCUAAAAUUAAAAAUUACAUUGUUGAAAAACGAGAGAGUACAAGAAAGGUAUACUCUGCUGUUGCUACCUGCAACAAGAUGACAUGGAAAAUUGAACCACUCCAAGAGGGAAGCAACUUUUUCUUCAGGGUUCUUGCUGAAAAUGAACAUGGUAUUGGAUUGCCUGCAGAGACUCUAGAACCAAUAAAAAUCUCAGAGGUGCCACAACCCCCUGGUAAAGUUUCUGUAGUGGAUGUUACAAGGAAGAGUGUUUCCCUCAAAUGGGAAAAAACAGAGCAUGAUGGAGGCAGCAGAAUUACUUAUUACGAAGUUGAAAUGCAAGCAAAGGAUCAAGAUAAAUGGUCUCUUUGUGCUCAAGUAAAAUCCCUCGACACUGUUGUAACUAAUUUAGUCCAAGGUGGGGAGUACAAUUUCAGAGUCAUUGCCGUCAAUGACAAAGGAAAGAGUGAUCCCAGACUCUUGGCAAACCCUGUUGUUGCAAAGGACCUUGCUAUUCAGCCCACAGUAAGAACAAAACUUAGCACCUACAAUGUACAGGUUGGGCAAGAUUUGAAAAUUGAAGCACGAAUUUCUGGUCAUCCAAAACCAACUAUUACAUGGACCAAAGAUGGUUCAGCUCUGAAACAGACCACAAGAGUAAAUGUUGCUGACACUGCACAUCAUACCACUCUUACCAUCAAAGAUGCAACAAGAGAAGAUGGUGGUAUGUAUAACAUUGUUGUGGCUAAUGUACUUGGACAAGCAGAAGCCACUGUUGAAAUAAUUAUACUUGAAAAGCCUGGCCCACCAACUGGCCCAGUCAGGAUUGAUGAAGUGAGUGCAGAGAGCAUUACAUUAUCUUGGGACCCACCAACAUACACUGGAGGCUGCCAGAUUUCAAAUUAUGUUGUCCAAAAGAGAGACACCACCACCACUAACUGGGUAGUUGUUUCUGCCACAGUAGCAAGAACCACACUUAAAGUUAGUAAUUUAAAAACUGGAGCUGAAUACCAGUUUAGAAUUUUUGCUGAGAAUAGGUAUGGUAAAAGCUAUGGCAUUGACUCAGAUCCGGUUCUCGCCCAGUAUCCUUUCAAGGAGCCUGGGCCUCCAGGAACUCCAUUUGUGUCUGCAUUCACAAAAGAAUCUAUGGUUGUUGAAUGGCACAAGCCAGUCUCAGAUGGUGGAAGUGCUAUUCUAGGAUAUCAUCUAGAGAGAAAAGAGAAAAAUAGCAUUCUUUGGACAAAGAUCAAUAAAAUACUCAUUCAAGACACCAGAUUUAAAACAUCUCCAUUGGAAGAGGGCAUUGAAUAUGAAUUCAGAGUCUAUGCUGAAAACAUAGUUGGAAUUGGAAUGUGCAGCAAAAUUUCUGAGGGUUGUGUGGCACGUGACCCAUGUGACCCACCAGGCACCCCUGUGCCAGUGAUUGUGACAAGACACUCAGUGAAACUUAGAUGGACACCACCGGAAUAUGAUGGAGGCAGCCUUGUCACUGGAUAUGUUGUGGAGAAACGAGACCUGCCAGAGGGUCGUUGGAUGAAAGUUAGUUUUGCAAAUAUUCUUGAAACUGAAUUUACAGUCACAGGCCUGAUAGAAGACUGCAAAUAUGAUUUCAGAGUUAUUGCCAGAAAUGGAGCUGGAUCAGUUAGUAGACCCUCUAUGAGCACAGGCUCAAUUACAGCUAAGGAUGAAGUUGAACCACCAACCUAUGAGGUUGCCUCAGAGUAUAGCCAAAUUUUGACCGUGAAUGCCGGAGACACAUUUACCCUGGAAGCAUCCAUACUAGGAAAGCCAGUUCCAACAAUGCAGUGGUUUAAGGGUGAUGUAGAAGUUGAAAAUUCAGCAAGAGCUGAAAUCAAGAACACUGACUUCAAAGCAAUUAUUGUUGUCAAAGAUGCCAUUCGAAUUGAUGGAGGACAGUACACAUUGCACCUCACUAAUGUGGCUGGAACAAAGUCUGUUUCCUUCAGUGUAAGAGUCCUUGAUAGACCUGGACCCCCUGAAGGUCCUUUUUCUGUCUCUGGUGUAACAUGUGAGAAGUGCUCAUUGUCAUGGCUGCCUCCAAAACAUGAUGGUGGCAGUAGCAUUUCUCAUUAUAUCAUACAGAAAAGAGAAACAAGUCGCCUUGCUUGGACUGUAGUUUCAGGUGAUUGUGGAGCAACCAUGUUUAAAGUUACUAAACUUUUAAAAGGAAAUGAAUACAUAUUCCGUGUCAUGGCUGUCAACAAGUAUGGAGUUGGUGAACCACUUGAAUCUGCACCAGUGAAUAUGAGAAAUCCUUUUGUUCCAUCUGGGCCACCUAAAGAACUAGAAGUAACAAAUAUUUCAAGGGAUUCUAUGACAGUAUGCUGGACUCGUCCUGAGACUGAUGGUGGAAGUGAAAUUGUUGGUUAUAUUGUAGAGAAGAGAGACAGAGCUGGAGUGCGGUGGACAAAAUGUAACAAACGCAGAGUCACAGACUUACGUUUCAGAGUCACAGGCUUGACAGAGGAUCAUGAAUAUGAAUUUAGGUUAUCUGCAGAAAAUGCUGCUGGAGUUGGACAGCCAAGUCCACCAACUGUUUAUUACAAAGCCUGUGAUCCAACAUUUAAGCCUGGCCCACCAACUAAUGCACACCUUGUUGACACUACAAAGAAUUCAGUCACAAUUGCAUGGAGUAGACCAAUAUAUGAUGGUGGUUUAGACAUCCAAGGCUAUGUUGUUGAGAUAUGUAAAGCUGAUGAAGAAGAAUGGACCACAUGUACUCCACCCUCUGGAUUAAAUUAUACUAAAUUUACAAUAACUAAACUUACCGAACACCAAGAAUACAAAGUUCACAUAUGUGCUUUUAAUAAACUGGGUGUUGGUGAGCCAGUGUCUAUCCAAGGAACUGUCAAACCAGUGGAUAAGAUGGAUGGCCCUGAAAUUGAGCUUGACUCGGAGUUGAGGAAAGGAAUUGUUGUGCAUGCUGGAGGGUCUAUGAGAAUCAACAUACCAUUCAAAGGACGCCCCAUUCCUGAAAUAAACUGGACCAAGGAUGAGGGAGAUUUACCAGAUAAAGCCCAAAUAGAAAAAGGACCAGAUUACACUCAGUUAUCAAUUGAUAUAUGUGACAGAAAUGAUGCUGGUAAAUAUACUCUGACUUUGGAAAAUAAUGCUGGCACUAAAUCAGCCUUUGUGUCAGUAAAAGUACUCGAUACACCAGGUGCUCCACAGAACCUUGUUGUGAAAGAUGUAACAAGAAACUACACCACCCUCGUUUGGGAACCUCCACUUAUAGAUGGUGGUUCAAAAAUCAAAAAUUAUAUAAUUGACAAGAGAGAAUCGAAUAGACAAGGAUUUGUAAACAUUACUACCAAGUGCUCCAAGACCAGCUUCCGUGUUGGUGAUUUGACAGAAGGUGGUGUUUAUUACUUCAGAGUCAUGGCAGAAAAUGAAUUUGGAAUUGGUCUUCCUGUAGAAACAGAAGAAUCUGUGAAGACAGCAGAUCCUCCUUUAUCUGUCGGCAAGGUAACUUUGACUGAUGUGACAAAAACCACAGCAUCACUUUCAUGGGAUAAACCAGAUCAUGAUGGUGGUAGUAGAAUCUUGGGUUAUUAUAUUGAAAUGCAGCCAAAAGGAUCAGAGGAAUGGACAAUUGCUACAGUCACCAAAACAGGUGAAGGUACAGUGACAGGACUUAGUUCAGGACAAGAGUACCUCUUCAGAGUUUUAGCUUACAAUGAGAAAGGAAAAAGUGAUCCAAGGCCAUUGACUGCUCCUGUCGUAGCCAAAGAUGUUACUAUUGAACCAAGCUUCAAACUACUUUUCAACACAUACAGCGUUCAAACUGGUGAAGAUCUCAAAGUGGAAAUACCAUUUAAAGGGCGUCCAACUCCAAAGAUUGCAUGGAUGAAAGAUGGACAAGCACUGAAAGAGACGACCAGAUUAAAUGUCUCAAGCACUGUAACUUCAACAGUUCUUAAAAUUAAAGAUGCAAAUAGAGAGAACUCUGGCAAGUACACAGUUACAGCUACAAAUAAUAUAGGUACGGUCACAGAAGAGGUUGGCAUAAUCAUUCUUGACAAACCAGGCCCACCAGUUGGACCGGUUAAAAUUGAUGAAGUAAGUGCCAUCUAUGCUACCAUCUCCUGGGAGCCACCAGUAUACACAGGAGGUUGUCAGAUAAAUAACUACAUAGUGGAAAAACGUGAUACAACCACUACUAACUGGCAGAUUGUUUCAGCAACCAUUGCUCGUACCACAAUAAAAGUCACAAAGCUGAAGACUGGUUCUGAAUAUCAGUUUAGAGUGUUUGCUGAGAACAGAUAUGGAAAGAGCACACCGUUAGAUUCAGCACCAGUUGUGGUCAGUUAUCCUUUUACUGAGCCUGCAGCUCCUGGUGCACCAUUUGUUUCAUCAGUGACAAAAGACCACAUGACAAUUGAAUGGAAACCCCCCAGCAAUAAUGGAGGUAGCCCAAUUAUUGGGUAUCACCUUGAGCGUAAAGAAAAGAACAGCAUCUUAUGGACCAAACUUAACAAGCUUCUUAUCACUGACACUCGAUUCAAAACAAAUGGUCUGGAGGAGGGAAUUGAAUAUGAAUAUAAAGUGUUUGCUGAAAAUAUGGCAGGAAUCAGUCCAUCAAGCAAAGUCUCAGAAAGUGUUGUUGCACGUGAUCCCUGUGAUCCCCCUGGAACUCCUGAAGCCAUUGUUAUCACAAGAAACCUAGUAACUCUUCAGUGGGCAAAACCACAGUAUGAUGGUGGCAGUGCUAUUACAGGAUACAUUAUUGAAAGGAAGAAGCUGCCUGACGGUCGUUGGAUGAAGGCCAGCUUUACAAAUAUUAUACACAAACAAUUUACAAUAACUGGAUUGGAAGAAGAACAAAGAUAUGAAUUUAGAGUAAUUGCCAAAAAUGCAGCUGGUAAUUUAAGUGUACCCUCUGAAAGCACUGGAUCAAUUACUGCUCAGGAUGAGAUUGAAGCUCCAUCUGUCUCCAUGGAUUCAAAAUUUAAAGAUGUUAUCACUGUAAAGGCUGGUGAGUCCUUUACUAUUGAUGCAGACAUUGCUGGAAAACCUCUUCCUGAUAUUAUGUGGCUUAAGGAUGGAAAAGAAAUUGACAGUGCUACACCCAGAAUGGAGAUUAAAUCCACCAUCACACAAACAGUUUUGACUGUUAAGGACUGCAUUAGAGUAGAUGGUGGUCAUUUCCUCUUAAGUCUCAGUAAUGUUGGUGGAACCAAACAGGUACCCAUUAGUGUCAAAGUUCUUGAUAGACCUGGGCCACCUGAUGGCCCUCUGAAUGUAACUGGUGUCACAGCAGAAAAAUGCUAUUUGCACUGGAGCCACCCAUCACACGAUGGUGGAGCUGGAAUUUCUCAUUAUAUUAUUGAAAAGAGAGAAACUAGCAGACUGUCAUGGACAGUAGUGGAACCUAAAAUUCAAGCAAUUAGUUACAAAGUCACUAAACUCCUACCUGGUAAUGAGUAUAUAUUCAGAGUCAUGGCAGUGAACAAGUAUGGUAUUGGUGAACCACUUGAAUCUGAACCUGUCCUUGCAAAAAAUCCUUUCAACAAACCUGGACCACCUUCAACUCCAGAAGCAAGUGCAGUCACCAGAGACUCAAUAGUCCUUACAUGGGAACGGCCAGAGGACGAUGGCGGAUCACAAAUUGAUGGUUAUGUUCUUGAGAAACGUGAUAAAGAGGGUAUAAGAUGGACAAAGUGUAACAAGAAAAGACUGAAUGACUUGAGAUUCAGAGCCACUGGGCUUACAGAGGGACACUUCUAUGAAUUCAGAGUAUCUGCUGAAAAUGCUGCUGGUGUGGGCACACCAAGUGAACCAUCUCAAUAUUACAAAGCUUGUGAUGCAACUUAUCCUCCUGGUCCUCCUAAUAAUCCUAAAAUAACAGAUCACUCAAGCACAACUGUUUCCUUGGCAUGGAGUAGACCAAUUUAUGAUGGUGGAGCACUGGUCUCAGGAUACAUUGUUGAGGCAAAGGAAGUUAGUGAAGAUGAAUGGACAGUAUGCACUCCACCAACCGGUGUGCAAACAACUCGCUUCACCGUCAAAACAUUAAAGGAAAAUGCAGAAUACAACUUCCGUAUUUGUGCACUUAAUAUUGAGGGGGCUGGAGAGCAUGUUGAUGUUCCAGGAUCUGUAAUUGCUGCUGAAAAACUUGAAGCUCCUGAGAUAGAACUUGAUGCAGAUCUUAGGAAAUGUGUGACUGUGCGUGCCAGUGCAACACUUCGGUUAUUUGUCACCAUAAGGGGAAGGCCCGAGCCAGAGGUUAAGUGGACAAAGGCAGAUGGUACCUUACCAGAGCGGGCUCAAAUUGAAGUAACAGGCUCUUACACUGUGCUUGUUAUUGACAAUGUUAACCGAUUUGAUACUGGAAAAUAUGUUGUGACCCUUGAAAAUAAUAGUGGCACAAAAUCUUCAUUUAUUAAUGUAAAGGUCCUUGACUCUCCAAGUGCUCCAGUGAAUUUUGAAAUUAAGGAUGUAAAGAGAGAUUCUGUCCAGCUACAGUGGGAACCUCCACAAAUUGAUGGUGGAGCCAGGAUCACCCAUUACAUUGUGGAAAAGCGUGAAUCUAAAAGGCUGGCAUUCACAACUGUGACAAACAGCUGUGUCAGAAAUUCAUUCAAGGUUGAUGAUCUCCAAGAAGGAGGUCUUUACCACUUCCGUGUUUUGGCUGUGAAUGAACUUGGUGUUGGUUUGCCUGCAGAGACCAUAGAGGCUGUCAAAGUUUCCCAAGCACCCUUACCACCUGGUAAAAUUACAGUUGUUGAUGUAACUCGCCACACUGUUACUCUAGCAUGGGAAAAGCCAGAUCAUGAUGGUGGCAGCAAAAUCACAGGCUACACAGUGGAAAUGAUGACUAAGGGAUCAGAUAAAUGGACUGUAUGUGCUACAGUAAAGGCACUGGAAACCACAAUUGAAGGACUUACAACAGGAGAGGAAUACAGUUUCAGAAUUGCAGCAGUUAAUGACAAAGGAAAGAGUGAUCCUAAACCCCUGGGAGCAUCUGUUGUGGCACGAGAUAUUACUAUUGAACCCAUUAUUGAUUUGCUGUUUAAUACCUACAGUGUGAAGGCUGGAGAUGAUCUCAAAAUAGAUGUUCCAUUCAGAGGCAGACCUCUUCCAGAGGUUACAUGGAAAAAGGAUGGUCACUCAUUGAAGCAAACAACCAGAGUUAAUGUUUUGACAUCAAAGACAUCAUCAAAGAUUGUCAUCAAGGAUUCAACAAGAGAGGAUGCUGGAAAAUAUGAAAUUAUUUUAACCAGUUCGAUUGGCAUUAAAUCAGCAGAAAUAUCUGUUAUUGUUCUUGAUAAACCAGGUCCACCAGGUGCAAUCAAGGUAGAGGAAAUAAGUGCUGAUUUUAUUUCACUAUCAUGGGACCCUCCAAUUUAUGAUGGUGGUUGUCAAAUUAAUAAUUAUGUAGUCGAGAAGAGAGAUAUGACCACUACAGCAUGGCAAAUUGUUUCAGCAACAGUUGCUAGAACAUCAAUCAAAGUAACUCGUUUGACACAAGGAACAGAAUAUCAGUUCCGUGUUGCUGCAGAGAAUCGUUAUGGAAAAAGCCAUGCAAUUGACUCUGCCCCAGUAGUUGCACAGUACCCCUUCUCACCUCCAGGCCCUCCAACCAGUCUUCACAUUGCUCAAGCCACUAAAUCAGGAAUGCUAGUUACCUGGAACAGACCAGCAAGUGAUGGUGGCAGUCCCGUCUUUGGAUAUCACUUGGAAUGCAAAGAUCAGAGCAGCAUUCUCUGGGCAAAGAUGAACAGAGGGCCUAUUACAGAAACUCAGUUCAAGGUAACUGGUUUGGAAGAAGGUCUCUUGUAUCAGUAUAGAGUAUAUGCUGAGAAUAUAGCUGGCAUUGGACCUUGCACAAAGGCAUGUGAUCCUGUUUCUGCCCGAGAUCCAUGUGCACCUCCAGGUCAGCCAGUAGUUAUGAACAUCACAAGAACAUCUGUUUCUCUCUCCUGGGCAAUACCUGAGUUUGAUGGUGGAGCUAAGGUGACUGGCUACAUUGUUGAACGCAGGGAACUUCCAGAUGGACGAUGGUUAAAGUGUAAUUUCACCAAUCUUCAAGAAACAUUCUUUGACGUGACUGGUCUGAUUGAAGAUCAGAGAUAUGAUUUCCAUAUAAUUGCUAAGAAUGCAGCUGGCUUACUCAGUGAACCAUCAGAGGGUACAGGACCUGUGACUGUAAAAGAUGAUGUUGAUCCACCACGCAUCACAAUUGAGGACAAGCUAAGACAACUGGUUGUAGUGAAAGCUGGAGACAUACUUAGAAUUGAUGCUGAAAUAUCAGGACGUCCAAUUCCUGUGAUUUCAUGGGCAAAGGAUGGGAAAGAAAUUGAAGCCAAGGCCCGAUUUGAGAUUUCUUCAACACUCACUAGUACAACAAUAAUUGUGAGAGAUGCCAUUAGACGAGACUCUGGACAGUAUGUUCUAACAUUGCAAAAUGUUGCAGGCACCAGAUCUUUGGCAGUAAACUGUAAGGUCCUGGACAGGCCUGGCCCAUCAGCUGGACCGUUGGAAGUAACUGGUCUGACUGCAGAGAAAUGUACAUUGAACUGGGGACCACCUCAAGAAAAUGGAGGUGCUGAAAUUCAGCACUACAUAGUUGAGAAACGUGAAACAAGCCGGCUUGCCUGGACUCUGGUCUAUGCAGAUAUGAAAGCCACAACAUGUAAAGCAACAAAACUGCUCAAAGGCAAUGAGUAUAUAUUUAGAGUUCGGGGAGUUAAUAAGUAUGGAACCGGUGAAGCUCUGGAGAGUGAUCCUGUUAAGGCAAUGGAUCCAUUUACAAUCCCUGCUGCACCUACAAAUGUUGAAGUCAGCAGUGUUACAAGUGAAGCAAUGACAAUUUGCUGGGAAAGACCUGUCUCUGAUGGAGGCAGUAGUAUUUCUGGCUAUGUAAUUGAGAAACGUGAGAAAUCUGGUCUCCGCUGGGUACGUGUCAACAAAAAGCCUGUUUAUGACUUAAGAGUAAAAGCUUCCAAUCUCCGUGAAGGAUGUGAGUAUGAAUACAGAGUAUUUGCAGAGAAUGCUGCUGGUUUGAGUGCACCAAGUGUGCCUUGCCCACUGAUAAAGGCAGAGGAUCCAUUGUUCCUACCAUCACCUCCAGCUAAACCUAAAAUAAUUGAUUCUUCUAAAACAUCAAUAACUUUGUCUUGGAACAAGCCAUUAUUUGAUGGUGGCUCUCCAGUUACAGGAUAUAUGGUGGAAUAUAGGAAAACCAAUGAUGAUGACUGGACACUUGGUGUCAGUAACACUAAGAGCACAGAGUUCACUGUGGUGGGACUCACUUCAGGAGCAGAGUAUGUCUUUGUAGUCAGAUCACUUAACAAGAUUGGUCAAAGUGAGCCAAGUCCUGAAACUGAUCCUCAGAUAGCAAAAGACAGAGAAGAUGAGCCAGUUUUCCUAAUCAGUAAUGAAAUGAGGAAGACACUGAUUGUCAAAGAUGGCAGCUCAUUUACACUUAGAGUCCCAUUCAAGGGAAAGCCUGUACCACAUGUAAUGUGGAACAAACCAGAUGUUGAUCUGAGAGUGAGGGCUGCUAUUGAUACAACCGAUAACUGCACAUCUAUCACAAUUGAGCAAGCUACAAGAGAUGACUCAGGGAAAUACACUGUAACCCUCCAAAAUGUUGCUGGAACUUCUACACUGACAUUGAGUGUAAAGGUCCUAGAUUCUCCAGGCCCACCAGCCCACAUUGAAAUAAAGGAAGUCACCAAGAGCUCUGCAACUAUUACAUGGGAUACUCCUGAGAAUGAGGGUGGUGCUCCAGUCAAGAACUACCUUGUUGAUCUUCGUGAGGCAACUAAAAUGGGCUGGACCAGAAUUACAGACAGUUGUCCCAGGUUGACUUUUAAAGUGAAUGAUCUUCAAGAAGGGGGUGUUUAUUAUUUCAGAGUUACCGGUGAAAAUGAGUAUGGUAUAGGAGUCCCACUUGAGACCAAAGAAGGAACAAAGAUUACAGAAAAACCAAGUCCACCACCCAAGCUUGGAGUCACUGAUGUCACAAAAGACAGUGUCUCACUAGCAUGGCUUAAACCAGAACAUGACGGAGGUAGCAGAAUUACAAAUUACCUGGUUGAGGCUCUUGAAAAAGGACAACAAAAAUGGAUAAAGUGUGGUUCCACCAAAUCAACUCACUUUGUUGUCUAUGGAUUGAGAGAAAAUGCUGAAUACUACUUCAGAGUUCGGGCUGAAAACCAUGCUGGACUUAGCGACCCCAAGGACAUGGUUUUACCUGUGCUUGUAAAAGAUCAGCUGGAGGCACCUGAAAUUAACAUGAAGGACUUCCAACACAACACUGCCUAUGUUAAGGCAGGUUCAAAUCUCAAGAUUGAGAUCCCCCUCACUGGUAAACCACUACCAAAAGUAUCCCUAUCUAAGGAUGGACAGGUUCUAAAGUCAACCAUGAGAUUCAACUCUGAUGUGACAACUGACUCCCUUAUAAUUUCUUUGCGUGAGAGUGUUGCUUCAGACGCAGGCAGAUAUGAUAUCAUGGCCUCCAACUCCAGUGGAACCACAAAGUCUUUUGUGAAUAUUGUGGUCCUUGACAGACCAAGCCCACCAGUUGGUCCUGUUGAAAUGUGUGAUGUCACAGAAGACAGUGUCAGUCUAAAAUGGUUGCCUCCUGCUUAUGAUGGUGGUAGCCCAAUCACCAACUACAUUGUUUUCAAACGUGAGACCACUACUGCAAACUGGAUAGAAGUCUCAUCUGCUGUUGCACGGUGCACAAUCAAGAUCAUGAAGCUGAUUAAUGGAGUUGAGUACCAGUUUAGAAUCAGGGCUGAGAAUCGUUUUGGCAUCAGUGACCACAUUGAUUCACCAACUGUUACAGUCAGUCUUCCAUACACACUCCCUGUGGCACCUUCACAACCAUGGGUAUCAGCUGUAACAAAGGAAAGUAUUACUGUUAACUGGAAGGAGCCAUCUUCAGAUGGUGGAAGCCAUGUCUUUGGAUAUCACCUUCAGAUGAAAGACAGAAACAGCAUUCUUUGGCAGAAAGUUAACACAACUGUUAUCCGUGCUACACACUUCAAAGUAUCAAACGUGAAUGCUGGUCUGAUCUAUGAGUUCAAGGCUGCAGCUGAAAAUGCUGCUGGCAUUGGUCCAGUUAGCAAGCCCUCAGAUCCUGUGCUUGCAAUUGAUGCUUGUGAACCUCCAAACAACCUUAGAGUGACUGAUAUCACAAAGAGUUCCAUUAGCCUUUCCUGGGAGAAACCCUCAUAUGAUGGAGGAAGUAAAAUGACUGGAUAUUUGAUUGAAAGGAAAGAUGGUCCAAAAGGCAGAUGGUCAAAAGCUAAUUUGACAAAUGUUACUGACACAAAGUUUACUGUAUCAGGCUUGACUCAGAAUGAAUCUUAUGAAUUCAGGGUCAUGGCUAAGAAUGCAGUUGGCUCCAUUAGUAACCCAUCAGCAACUGUUGGACCAGUCACAUGUGUGGAUACAUAUGGUGCCCCUGAGAUUGAACUUCCUCCAGAAUAUCUUGAUGUUGUGAAAUAUAAAGCAGGUGCUACAGUUCAGCUUAAAAUUGGUAUUAUUGCUAAACCUCAACCAACAAUUGAAUGGUACAAGGAUGGAAAAGAGCUUGAGUCUGGAGCUCAGAUUUCCAUUUCCAACGCCACUGUGUCUGCAUGCAUCUCAAUCAGGGAAGCCAGCCGUUUGAAUAGUGGAACAUAUGAACUCAAGAUCAAGAACUCUUUAGGCUCAGCAUAUGCUGCUGUCAGAGUACUUGUCCAAGACAAGCCAGGACCCCCUGAUGGAGAGAUACAGUUCAAGAAAGUCACAGCAGAUACUAUGACUAUCAUGUGGGAUCCUCCAGCUGAUGAAGGUGGAGCAAUGGUUACCCACUACAUUGUGGAGAAACGUGAAACAAGCAGAAUUUUGUGGUCCAUUAUCUCAGAAAAACUAGAAGACUGCAUUGUCACAGUCCCAAGGCUAAUUAAGGGCAAUGAAUACAUAUUCCGUGUUCGUGGUGUAAACAAAUAUGGAGUUGGAGAUCCUCUGGAAUCUAGACCAGUAAUUGCAGAGAAUUCCUUUGUUCCUCCUAGUCGGCCUUCUAAACCCCAAGUCACUAUGAUUACCAGGUCAACAAUGACUGUGGUAUGGGAAAGGCCAAGUUUAGAUGGUGGCAGUGACAUUGAUGGAUAUUACUUAGAGAAGAGGGAGAAGAAAAGUCUACAGUGGUUCAAGGUUAUUAAAGAUCCAAUUCGUGAUACCAGACAGAAAGUCAGCAACCUCACAGAAGGAAAUGAAUUUCAGUAUCGUGUCUGUGCAAUCAACAAAGCUGGAGCAGGUCCAUAUUCUGAUGUGUCCAUCUUUUACAAAGCUUAUGACCCAAUUGAUCCACCAAGUGAGCCAACCAAGCUCAGAGUUGUUGAUUCAACAAAGACAUCUAUUACCCUUGGAUGGGUCAAGCCUGUCUAUGAUGGUGGCAGCGAAAUUACAAGUUAUGUUGUUGAACAAAGAAUGGCAGAUGAGACAGAAUGGGGCACUAUAAGUUCUAAAGGAGAAGUAAGAACAACUGAGUUUGUUGUGUCCCACUUGAAACCUGGAGUGUACUACUUCUUCCGUGUCUCUGCUGUUAAUUGUGUUGGAACUGGACGUUCAAUUGAGAUGGUGCAGCCAAUGCAAGCCAAAGAUAUUCUGGAGGAGGCGGAUGUGGAUCUUGACAUCUCAAUGUCAACUCAGUACAUAGCAAAGGCUGGUAGAGAUGUGGAGAUUGUAAUCCCUCUUAAGGGUAGACCUGCUCCAAAUGUAACAUGGAGAAAGGGAGACAAAAACAUUAGUGGUGAUGCAAGAUAUGCCAUCAGAAACACAGAAUACUCAACUACACUCAUAAUUCCAAAGGUCACAAGGGAUGACACUGGCAAAUAUCUUCUUGAAAUUGAAAAUGGGGUUGGAGAGCCAAAAACCAUCACAGUGUCUGUUAAAGUAUUAGACACACCAUCUGCUUGUAAUAGGUUGAUAGUGAAGAAUGUGACACGAGGUAAACUCACUUUGAGCUGGGAACCACCCUAUAUAGAUGGUGGCUCUCCAAUCACAAACUACGUUGUUGAAAAGAAGGAUGCUAAAAUGAAGGCAUUCACCAUUGUGACAAAUGAAUGUGCCAAUACAACCUACAGGGUUGAUGGUCUGUCUGAAGAAAUGUACUAUUUCUUCCGUGUUUCUGCUGAAAAUGAAUAUGGUGUUGGUGAUCCUUGUGAGACUGCACAGCCUGUAAGAGCAACCGAGAUGCCUGGUGCUGUAAAAGACCUUGUACUGGUGGACUCAACUAAUACAUCUGUAUCGUUGGCGUGGACAAAGCCUGAUCAUGAUGGUGGCAGUCACAUUUCUGAGUACAUUAUUGAGAAGAAAACAAAGGAAGAGGAAGCUUGGAGUAUUGGUGGUACGUGCAGGCGUUGCCAGUAUGAGGUAACUCACCUUAAAGAACUUUCAGAAGUUUACUUUAGAGUAUUCGCAAAAAAUGAGAAGGGUCGCAGUGACUUCUCUCAAAUUGGACCCAUCACUGUAAAGGAACUCCUUAUACCACCUGAGGCAAACCUUAUUGACUAUCCUAAUUCAGAAUUAAGUGUUCGCAUUGGACAAAAUGUGAAUAUUGAUUUGCCCUACAAGGGUAAACCUAAACCAACGAUUCAGUGGAUGAAAGAUGACGUGCCACUCAAGGAAAGUGAACAAGUUCGUUUCAGGCAAACAGAGAACAAGGCAAGUCUCAUUGUAAGAAAUGCAAGAAAGGAGAAUGCAGGAAAAUACACCUUGGUACUUGAUAGUAAACUUGUCAAGAACUUCUUUGACAUUAAAGUCAUUACACUUGGGCCACCCUCUCAGCCUAUAGGUCCAAUUCGUUUUGAUGAAAUUAAAGCCCAGAGUAUUAUCAUCUCAUGGGAUGAACCCCAGGACAACGGUGGAGGCGAGGUCACCUGCUAUAGUGUAGAAAAGCGAGAGAAAUCUCAAGCAGCAUGGAAGAUGAUUUGCUCUAGUGUGGUCAGGACCACAUUCAAGAUACCAAAUUUGGUUAAGGGUACUGAAUACCAAUUUAGGGUGCGUGCAGAGAACAAAUAUGGAAUGAGCGAGCCUCUAACCUCAUUAGAUGUGGUUGCUGAACACCAAUACAAGCCACCAGGUUCACCAGGAAAACCUGUAGUAUUCAAUGUUACAAGUGAUGGCAUGACUGUUCAGUGGGAAGCCCCAGGAUUUGAUGGCGGUUCUCCAAUCACUGGAUACCAUCUUGAGAAAAAAGACAGGAACAGCUUAUUGUGGAUGAAAGUGAAUUCCAGUGUUAUCUCUGGAAGAGAAUACAGAGUCAUUGGACUUAUUGAAGGUCUGGAGUAUUCAUUCAGAGUUUAUGCACAAAACAAUGCUGGAAUGAGUCCAGUUAGUGAACAGAGCAAGCACAAACUGGCAAUCUCCCCUGUUGAUCCUCCAGGCACACCUAACUGCAUUGAUGUUACUAGAGACUCUGUAACACUUCAGUGGGAACCACCGAAGCGUGAUGGAGGCAGUAGGAUUGUGGCAUACAGUGUUGAAAGGCGUCAAGGAAGAGCACGUUGGUUGAGAUGCAAUUUCAUUGACAUCAGCGAAUGUCAGUUUACUGUAACAGGUCUUGCUGCUGGUGAUCGCUUUGAAUUUAGGGUAAUUGCCAGGAAUGCUGUCGGAACAGUUAGUCCACCUUCUCAGUCAUCUGGCUACAUCAUGACCAAGGAUGAAAGUGUUAUCCCUGAGAUUCAGUUUGAAGCUGAGAAGGCCCUCACCAUCAAGGCAGGAGAAAAUAUUAAACUCAACUGCAGUAUAAGUGGACGCCCUGUACCUCAAGUCACAUGGUAUAAAGAUGGAAAGGAAGUUGAUAAAAUGCUGGUUGACAUCACAACUGUUAUUGGAUCAAGCUCACUGUUCAUCAGAGAAGCUGACCGCAAUGACCGUGGUAUCUACACAGUUGAGGCCAAGAACAGUUCAGGCACAACAAAAGUGGAUGUUCUUGUCAGAGUACAAGAUACCCCUGGACCACCUGAGGGCCCGCUUCGCUUCACAAAUAUAUCUGCAGAGAAAGCAACUCUUUGGUGGAGCCCACCUGAAAAUGAUGGUUGUGCACCUAUCACUAAUUAUGUAAUUGAGAAGCGUGAGACUUCCAGAAUUUCUUGGGCACUUGUAACAUCCAAGUGUGAAGCCUGCUCCUUUAAUGCCACAAAACUGAUUAAAGGCAAUGAAUAUCAGUUCCGUGUAUCUGCUGCCAAUAAAUUUGGUGUGGGCAAGCCACUAGAGUCUGAUCCAAUCAUUGCUCAGAUGCAAUACACGGUACCAGAUGCUCCUGGAACACCUGACUGCACCCAUGUGACAGGAAACAGUAUCACUCUAUGCUGGACAAGACCAAGACAUGAUGGUGGAAAUGAGAUUAAGCAAUACAUUCUUGAAAGACGAGAAAAGAAGAGCUUAAGAUGGGUGAAGGUUUCUGCAAAGAGACCAAUAUCUGAGCUUAGGCAUAGAGUAACAAACCUUACAGAAGGAAAUGAAUAUGAAUUCCGUGUUAUGGCUGAAAAUGGUGCUGGAAUUGGACCUGCAAGUGGUACAUCCAGAUUGUUCAAAUGCAGAGAACCAACAAGUGCACCCAGUGCUCCAACUCUGGUGAAGGUCAUUGAUUCCACCAAGAUGUCUGUUACCUUGGAAUGGACCAAACCAGUGUUUGACGGUGGUAUGGAAAUCAUUGGUUACAUUAUUGAGAUGUGCAAGGCAAGCCUUGAGGAAUGGCACAGAGUCAACAACCAGACUUGCAUCCACACACAUUACGCAGUAACAGAGUUAGAACCUGGUGAAGAAUAUAAAUUCCGUGUGUGUGCAGUCAAUGGUGCUGGCAAGGGAGAAUUCUCUGAGACUCCAAAUGUAGUUCAAGCAGUUGAUAGACUGACCUCACCUGAAAUUGAUAUAGAUGCAAACUUCAAGCAGACACAUGUUGUGAAGAGCGGCGGAACAGUUACACUUCAUAUUCCCUUCUGUGGAAAACCAGCCCCACUUGCCACAUGGACAAAGGCAGACGGAGAUCUUGGUGUAAUGGUGGAUAUUAAUACCACAGACACAUUCAGCACUUUGAUAAUUGAAAAUUGCACCAGGUAUGAUGCUGGCAAGUAUACACUCUCUCUUGAAAACAACAGUGGUCGUAAAGCCAUUACAUUAACAGUCAAAGUGUUGGACACACCUGGCCCUCCUGGACCUCUCUCAUUCAAGGAUGUAACAAGAGGUGCUCUGACACUCAUGUGGGAUGCACCAUCCAAUGAUGGAGGUGCACGUGUUCAUCACUACAUUGUUGAAAAGCGAGAGGCAAGUCGGUUAAGUUGGCAAGAGGUCAGUGAAAAGUGUACACGUCAAAUAUUGAGAGUGGCCAACCUUGAUAUUGGUGUAGCAUAUUUCUUCCGGGUUAUUGCUGAAAAUCAGUAUGGCAAAGGUGAGCCAUUUGAAAUGACGGAACCUAUUAUAGCCACAGAAGAACCUGCACCUCCUAAGCGACUGGAUGUCAUUGAUACUACAUCCUCAACAGCCAGUUUAGUAUGGAUGAAGCCUGAGCAUGAUGGUGGAAGCCGCAUUACUGGAUACAUUGUUGAGACUAGAAAGAAGGGUUCUGAUCACUGGGUUGUAGGUGGUCAAACCAAAUCUUUAAAAAUGGUUCUUGAAGGCUUGGUUGAGAACACAGAAUAUGAGUUCCGUGUUAAGGCUCAGAAUGAUGCUGGCAUUAGUCAGCCACGAGAUGCCCUAGCCUCUGUCAUUAUAAAGGAGCCACGUAUAGAGCCAACAGCGGACCUCAGUGGCAUAGAUAAACAGCUCAUCACUUGCAAAACUGGAAAUUCCUUUGCAAUUGAUAUUCCAAUCAGUGGCAGACCAGCCCCCAAGGUAACAUGGAAGCUUGAAGAAAUGAAACUUAAAGAAACAGACAGAGUGUCGAUUAAGAUUUCUAAAGACAGAACAACUCUACUGGUUAAGGAUGCCAAGAGAGGCGACAGUGGAAAGUACUAUCUCACACUUGAAAAUGUAGCCGGAUCAAAAACAUUCACUGUCACUGUCAAUGUCAUUGGUAGACCAGUCCCACCAACUGGACCUGUUGAAAUUUCAGGAAUAUCAUCAGAAUCCUGUGUAUUGACUUGGGGAGAAUCUGCAGAUGAUGGUGGAACAGACAUAACCAAUUAUAUUGUUGAGAAACGUGAGUCUGGCUCCACAAAAUGGCAGGUUGUGAAUUCAAGUGUGAAACGGACCACCAUCAAAGUAACUCAUCUCACAAAGUACAUGGAGUACACUUUCAGAGUCUGUGCUGAGAACAAGUUUGGUGUUAGCAAGUCUAUUGAAUCUCAAGCUAUUGUUGCUGAGCAUCCAUUCAUCUCACCAAGCCCACCAACUCGCCCAGAUGUAGUUUCAGUGUCUGCUAAUGCAAUUUCUAUCCGCUGGGAUGUGCCAUAUCAUGAUGGUGGAAGCCAAGUAAGUGGAUACUGGAUUGAGAAAAAGGAGCGUAAUACCAUUCUGUGGGUGAGGGAGAACAAGAUUCCUUGCCUUGAGUGUCACUACAAGGUCUCUAACCUUAUUGAGGGCCUCGAGUAUCAGUUCAGAGUAUAUGCAAUGAACAUCGCUGGUUUGAGUAAAGCAAGUGAACCAUCAAGACCAGUACUGGCUCUAAAUCCAGUUGAUCCACCUGGCAAACCAGAUGUUUAUGAUGUAACCAAGACGUCAGUGUCUAUUAGAUGGUCUAUACCAUUCAAUGAUGGUGGCAGCAAGAUUGUUGGAUAUGUGGUUGACCGCAAGGCAUUAAGUGAUAAUGAAGAAGCUCGUUGGUUGAAGUGCAACUACACUACAAUCACAGACAACUUCUUUACUAUUACAUCACUCAGUGAGGGAGAGCAGUAUGAAUUCCGUGUUAUUGCCAGAAAUGGUGCUGGAGUCCACAGCAUGCCAUCUGAAUCAACAGGACUUAUCACAUGCAAAGAUGAAUAUACACCACCAAAGGCUGAGCUGGAUAGUAAACUUGUGGGUGAGACGAUCACUAUUAGAGCAGAAUCAGACCUGGUUCUUGAUGCUGCUGUUGGUGGAAAACCAGAGCCUAAGGUUUUUUGGGCCAAGGGUGACAAGGAGCUGGAACUCGGAGAGAAAUACUCACUGACAUACACAAGUACAAGAGCGAUGGCGAUCAUUAAGUCAUGUAAUAGAAAUGAUACUGGAAGAUACAUCCUUACCGUGAAGAAUGCAAGUGGAAUCAAAACAGCUGCUGUCAAUGUUAAAGUACUUGAUACACCUGGUCCACCUGAGGGUACAAUAACAAUUAGCAGGGUCACAGAAGAGAAAUGCACAGUUUCCUGGAAGAUGCCAAUGGAGGAUGGUGGAGAUCGUGUCACUCACUAUAUUGUUGAAAGACGUGAGACCAGCAGACUCAACUGGGCCAUCAUGGAAGCUGAAUGCAAGUCUCUGUCUUGUGUCAGCACAAAACUGAUCAAGAACAAUGAGUACAUUUUCCGUGUCAGAGGUGUAAAUAAGUAUGGGCCUGGUGUACCCUUAGAGUCUGAACCAGUGAUUGCAAGAAAUGCUUACACUGUUCCAUCACCUCCGGAAGCACCAGAGAUUACUGCUGUUGGAAAAGAACAUGUCAUUAUUGAGUGGCUGAAGCCAGAGAGUGAUGGCGGAAGUGAAAUCAAAAACUACCUUGUGGAUAAACGUGAGAAGAGUAGUGUUAGAUGGACAAGAGUGAACAAAACCUACACCAUUUAUGAUACACGCCUCAAAAUCACUGGUCUCCUUGAGGGUAGUGAUUAUCAGUUCCGUGUUGCAGCUGUCAAUGCUGCUGGCACCAGUGUUCCAAGUGAUGCAUCUCAGUACGCUCACUGUAGAGACCCAACAUAUACCCCAGCUCCACCAUCAGUUCCUCGUGUUACAGACACCACAAAGCACAGUAUUAGUAUAACAUGGACACGACCAAUGUAUGAUGGUGGAUCCGAUGUCACAGGCUAUGUUGUUGAAAUUCUGGAGGAGGGAACAGAGCAAUGGUAUAGAGCCACACAGAAGAUACUGACAAGUACUCAGUACACAGUAGCUGGUCUGGCAAGUAACAAAAAGUACAGCUUCAGAGUGGCUGCAGUCAAUGCUAUGGGUACUGGAGAGUUCAGUGAAGGCAGUAUUGAGGCUGCACCUUCAGAAAGAGUCGAAAUUCCUGAUAUUGAGCUACCUGACGAACUGAAGAAGACUGUUUGCAUCAGAGCUGGCAACACUUUACGUCUUCAUGUAACUACAACUGGAAGACCUGCACCAGUUGUUACCUGGAGAAAGCCUGGAAUUGACCUACAAUCCCGUGGAUUAAUAGAUACUACAGAAAACACUACAACUUUAAUAGUUGAGAAGGUUCAUCGUUACGAUGCUGGAAAAUACACAAUUGAGGCAGAAAAUCCAUCUGGCAAGAAAAUAGUUACCAUUCUUGUCAAGGUUUAUGAUACUCCUGGACCAUGUGGUGCAGUAAAUGUUAAAGAUUACACAAAAGAGUCUGUUGUAAUCACAUGGGAUGUGCCUACUGUUGAUGGAGGUGCUCACAUCAACAACUACAUAAUUGAGAAGCGUGAAGCUUCAAUGAAAUCUUACAAAACAGUUACAACAGAAUGCAAGAAGACAUUAUACAGAAUCCCUGGACUGGAAGAAGGAACACAGUACUUCUUUAGGGUCUUGCCUGAGAACAUAUAUGGUAUUGGAGAACCUUGUGAAAUUACUGAUCCAGUAUUGGUUUGUGAAGUUCCAUCUGUUCCUCAAGAUCUGUAUGUAAUUGAUACCACAAAAUCUACUGUCAUUCUUGGAUGGGAAAAACCACUUCAUGAUGGUGGCAGCAGACUUUCUGGCUAUGUUAUUGAAGCCUGUAAAACUGAAAGUGACCGCUGGAUGAAUGUCGCUAAUGCAAAACCAUCUGUGCUACAGCACACAAUUGUCUCACUGAAUGAAAAUGAGCAAUAUCUCUUCAGAAUCAGAGCUGAAAAUAGCAGAGGUGUCAGUGAGCCCAGAGAUCUCAUGACACCUGUAACAAUACAGGAACAGAAAGUCAUGCCAAAGAUUGACUUGACUGGCAUCCCACAAAAGAUUGUCAAUGUGCCAGCUGGUAAGCCAAUUGUGCUCAACAUUCCCAUUAAAGGUAGACCUGCACCAGUGUGUUCAUGGUUCUUUGGUGGAGUCAAGAUGAAGGACAAGCUUGACCGCAUCAAGAUUGAGACAACUGCUAAAUUUACUAAACUGACAGUCCGUGAAACCACAAUUGAUGAUACUGGUGACUACACUCUUGAGGUGAAAAAUGUCACUGGAACAGUAACUGAGGUCAUCAAAGUUAUCAUUCUUGACAAACCUGGAGUAUCUGUUGGGCCUAUGAAAAUUGAUGAGGUUGAUGCCACAUCAGUGACCUGCAGCUGGGAACCACCACUGAAAGAUGGAGGUGCGAAUGUCAGUGGUUACAUUGUUGAGCAGCGGGAUGCGCAUCGACCUGGAUGGAUGCCAGUGUCUGAAUCUGUCACAAGACCCGUGUUCAAAUUUACAAGACUUGCGGAAGGAACUGAAUAUGUAUUCCGUGUUGCUGCAACAAAUCGUUUUGGAAUUGGCGGGUUCUUGCAAUCUGAAGUUGUUGAGUGCAAGAGUGCCAAAACUGUACCUGGAGCACCAAGCACACCUGAAAUACUUGAUGUGUCUCAUGAUGGCAUGACACUUACUUGGUCACCACCCGAGGAUAAUGGUGGUUCUACUAUUGCUGGCUACAUCAUUGAGCAGAAAGAGGCUGGAUCUGACAGAUGGAUUCGUAUAAAUAAGAAUACAGUGACCAUGACAAGAUACAGAGCCACAGGACUUAUAGAGGGUCUUGAAUAUGAAUAUAGAGUUACAGCAAUCAACUCUAGAGGCUCUGGAAAACCAAGUGCAAACUCUAAACCAACUAUUGCAAUGGAUCCUAUCGAGCCUCCUGGUAUUCCACUGAACCCAAGAGUCACAGAUACCACAAGAACAUCAGUUUCACUUGCUUGGUGUCCUCCGGAGGAAGAGGGAGGUGCCGCUAUAACUGGCUAUCUAAUUGAGAUGCAGAAGGUUGACCAGGUUGAAUGGACAAAAUGCAACACAACACCAACAAAGAUUUGUGAAUACACUCUGACACACAUGCCUCAGGGAGCUGAAUACAAGUUCCGUGUGAUGGCAUGUAAUGCUGGUGGAGCUGGAGAACCAGCUGAGAUUCCAGGAGUGGUCAAAGUUACAGAAAUGCUUGAAUAUCCUGAUUUUGAGCUGGAUAAAAUCUACCAGGAAGGCUAUGUUGUCAGACAAGGUGGUGUCAUCAGGCUAUCUGUGCCCAUCAAGGGCAAACCCUUCCCAACAUGCAAGUGGACAAAGGAAGGUCGUGACAAUUCUCACAGAGCUAUGAUUGCAACCAGUGAAGAACGUACUGAGCUUGUGAUUAAGGAAGCCCAUAGAGACGACACUGGCACCUAUGACCUUGUGUUGGAAAACAAAUGUGGAAAGAAGGCUGUCUAUAUUAAGGUUAAAGUUAUUGGGCGCCCAGAUCCACCUGAGGGUCCUCUUGAAUUUGAUGAUAUUCAGGCACGUUCAGUCAGAGUGAGCUGGAGACCACCCUCAGAUGAUGGAGGCUCUGAUAUCUUUGGUUACAUUGUGGAGAGGCGAGAGGUGCCUAAAGCAGCUUGGUGUACUGUUGACUCACGUGUGGUCGAUACAUCCCUUGUGGUCAAGGGACUGAAGGAAAAUGUUGAAUAUCACUUCAAGGUUACAGCAGAGAACCAAUUUGGCAUAAGCAAAUCCCUGAAAUCUGACGAAUCUGUUACACCAAAGACUCCUCUUUGUCCACCAGAACCUCCUAGUUUCCCUCCAGAAAUCAUGGAUGUUACAAAGACCACGGUUGGCCUAUCCUGGUCAAGGCCAAAGGAUGAUGGUGGAUCUCGUGUAACUGGAUACUAUGUUGAGAGAAGAGAGGUUUCCACUGAGAAGUGGGUGCGUCAUAACAAGACUCAUAUCACAACGACAAUGUAUACUCUCACUGGUCUCAUCCCUGAUGCAGAGUACCAGUUCCGUGUGAUUGCUCAAAAUGAUGUUGGUCAAAGUGAGCCUGGACCUGUAUCCGAGUCAGUUGUGUGCAAAGAUCCAUUUGAUAAGCCAGGCCAACCCGGUGAGUUUGACAUCAUCUCUAUAACCAAGGACAGCAUAACCAUUCACUGGUUACGUCCUGAAUCUGAUGGUGGAAAAGAGAUCCUUGGGUACUGGAUUGAAUACAGGCAAGCAGGUGAAAGUGCCUGGAAGAAAUGCAACAAAGAGCGUUCAAAGGACAGACAGUUUACCAUGGGAGGACUCAUGGAAGCUACAGAGUACGAGUUCAGAGUGCUUGCUGAAAAUGAAGCUGGACUAAGUAGACCAAGAAGAACAGCAAUGGGCAUUAAAACCAAACUGAGUGUCGGAGAGGCUCCAUGCCUGAAAGAGGAAAUCAAAGAAAUUACCACUAAACUAGGAGAAUCUGGAACAAUGGCAUGCCAAAUUAUUGGAAGACCUCUUCCUGAAAUCAAAUGGUAUAGAUAUGGAAAGGAGUUGAUCCAGAGCCGAAAGUACAAGAUGAGCUCUGAUGGACGAAAUCACUCUCUAACAGUAUUCACAGAUGAGCAAGAAGAUGAAGGCUUGUACACAUGCAGAGCUAUCAAUGAGGCAGGUGAAAUUGAGACCAGUGGCAAGCUCCUAUUGCAGGCUGCACCACAAUUCCAUCCUGGAUUCCCAUUGAAGGAGAAAUACUAUGCAGGUUGUGGAACAAGCCUACGUCUCCAUGUCGUUUACAUUGGUCGCCCUAUUCCACAAAUCAUGUGGUUCUAUGGCAAGAAGCCUCUCAAUCCAUCUGAGAAUGUCAUAAUUGAAAACACAGAAAGUUACACUCACUUAGUUAUCAGAAAUGUCCAGCGUAAGACAAAUGCUGGAAGAUAUAAAGUGCAAAUGAGCAACAAAUUUGGCACAGUGGAUACUGUUCUCCGUGUUGAAAUCCAAGAUAAACCUGUAAUACCUGAAGGACCAAUUGUUGUUGAUGCUCUCUUGAAGAGUUCUGUGAUCAUUAGCUGGAAACCACCCAAGGAUGAUGGUGGAUCAAUGAUCACGAAUUACAUUGUAGAGAAAAGUGAAGCAAAAGAGGGUGAACAAUGGCAUCUUGUGUCAUCAGCUAUCUCAGGAACCACAUGCCGUGUUCCAAACCUUAUUGAGAGUGCUGGAUAUUACUUCCGGGUUUCUGCACAGAAUCAGUAUGGAAUAAGUGAACCUCUUGAGAUUCCAUCUGUUGUCAUUAUCAAGAGUCCAUUUGAGAAACCUGGAGUCCCACAAAAGCCAUUUGUUUCUUCUGUAACAAAGGAUUCAUGUGUUGUUUCUUGGAAAGCACCAACCAAUGAUGGAGGUGCCAAAAUUAAAAACUAUUACCUUGAAAAAAGAGAGAAAAAACAGAACAAAUGGAUUGCAGUUACUACAGAAGAAAUCCAUGAGACAUCUUACACUGUUAAAGGCCUUCUUGAAGGUUUUGAAUAUGAAUUCCGUGUCAAAUGUGAAAAUAUUGGUGGAGAGAGUGACUGGAGUGAGAUUUCAGAACCAGUCAUUCCAAAAUCGGAUACAGCUCUCCGUGCCCCAUUCUUCAAGGAAGAAUUGAGAGACAUGUGUGUCAAAUACAGGGCAACUGCAACAUUUGUCACAAAGGUUAUCGGACAUCCCAUGCCAGUGGUUAAAUGGUACAAGAACGGCAAAGAAAUUUUACCUGAUGGAGAGAAAACAAAGGUCCAAGAAUUCAAGGGAGGUUAUUUCCAAAUUGUUAUCAGCAAUGCUGAUGAGAAUGAUGCAGCUGUUUACCAAAUUAGAGCUACUAAUCAGCUUGGAUCAAUCUCAAAAAGUAUGAACCUGGAGGUUGAGGUUCCUGCCAAGAUUUACUUGCCAUUACAUCUCCAAGGCAUGGGAGCUGUUCAUGCCAUUCGUGGUGAAGUGGUUACCAUCAAGAUUCCCAUUAGUGGCAAACCUGAUCCUGUUGUGACUUGGCAAAAGGGACAAGAGAUGAUUAAUAAUACAGCUUACCAUCAAGUAAUUAUCACAAGAUCUUUCACCUCCCUGGUGUUCCUAAAGGGAGUACAAAGGAAGGAUUCUGGCUACUACAUCAUUUGUGCCAAAAAUCGAUUUGGUGUGGAUAAACAGACAGUUGAACUUGCUGUUGCUGAUGUCCCUGAUCCACCAAAAGAUGUUAAAGUCAGUGAUAUUGGCAGAGAUACACUCACCCUCACUUGGAGUCCUGGAAAUGAUGGUGGAAGUGAAAUUAUCAAUUACAUUAUAGAAAAGUGCCCUACCACUGGAGACAGAUGGAUUCGUGUUGCUCAGACAUCUGAGACCCAAUACACCGUGAUGAGUCUCUUUGGCAAAACAAAAUACCAGUUCCGUGUGAUUGCAGAAAACCAUUUCGGCUUGAGUGGUCCAUCUGUGCCAACUGAUCCUGUGACAACAAAAGAAGACAAGUUAGCAAUUCGAAACUAUGAUGAGGAAGUGGAUGAAACAAGAGAGAUUACAAAGGAGGAGGCACCACAUUCAAAAGUCAAACUUUUGCCAUCUCUGUACACAGUCUCUGAGGAACUUGCACGAAAUGGACAGUUUGGAAUUGUACAUCGCUGUGUGGAAAUUAGCUCCAAGAAGACAUUCUUGGCAAAAUUCAUCAAAGUUAAAGGUGCUGAUCGAGAACUGGUUGCAAGAGAAAUUGAGACACUCAAUAUUGCAAGACAUAAAAACAUUGUUUAUCUUCAUGAAUCCUUUGAUAGCCUGGAAGAAUACGUCCUUAUCUAUGAAUUCAUAUCUGGUAUGGACAUCUUUGAGCGUCUUGGUACUAACUUUGACCUCACAGAGCAAGAAAUUGUUCGGUAUAUGAGACAAGUGUGUGGAGCCCUUAAGUUCUUGCACAGUCACAACUACUGUCAUUUUGAUAUCAGACCUGAUAACAUUGUUUAUUCUACAAGGAAGAGCAAUACAAUCAAGAUCAUUGAUAUGGGUCAAGCAAGGUUGCUUACACCUGGAGAAAACAUCAGGAUUCAGUUUACUGCCCCUGAGUACUGUGCACCUGAAAUCCACAACAGUGAUUUUGUCACCACUGCCACUGACAUGUGGUCUGUAGGUGUUCUUGCAUAUGUCCUCCUUAGUGGACUUAAUCCAUUUGCUGCUGAAUCACACCAGAAAAUGGUUGAGCACAUUUCAAGUGCAGAGUAUGUGUUUGACAGUGAAGCCUUUAAAGAGACCAGCCUUGAAGGUAUGGACUUUGUCGACAGACUGUUGACUAAAGACCGCAAGCUACGUAUGACUGCCUCUGAAGCUUUGGAGCACCCUUGGCUCAAGAUGAAAUUGGAACAUGUUAGUUCAAAGGUCAUCAAGACUUUGAGACACAGAAGAUACUACCAAUCACUGGUGAAAAAGGAAUGGAGCACUGUUAUUUCAGCAGCACGUGUUGCCUAUGGUGGUGGCUACAGAAACCAGAGAAAUGUUUCCAUUGGCAGAGUGAAAGUUGGACAUCCUGAACAAGGCUUGAGAGCGGGUCCUGUCAUGCAUUGCUCUGCUGAAGAGGGAGGACAUAUCAGGUUUGUGUGCUGCAUUGAGAACUACAACAGAAACACCGAAGUGACCUGGUACUUUGGUUCCCGCAAACUGACUGCAAGCCACAAAUAUGAAAUCAGUUAUGCUAAUGGAGUUGCUAGCAUCUAUGUUAAAGACAUUGAAGAAUGUGACGAUGGAUUUUAUAGAUGCAAGGUUGUCUGUGAAGACAGGGAGGAUAGUGCAUAUGCUGAGUUGUUUGUUGAGACAGUUAGGUCCUACCGAGAAUACUAUCUGGGACGCUCGCUCAAGAAACCAAGGCGUAGAAUUGACAAAACAAAAAUUUUGCAGAGGCCUCCAGAGUUUACUUUGCCAUUGUACAACCGUGCAGCAUACAUUGGUGAAGAUGUGCGCUUUGGUGUAACAAUUACAGUCCAUCCAGAGCCAAGUGUAACAUGGUUAAAGGCCGGGCACAGGAUCAAACCAGAUCCUACAAAAUACACAUUCACAAGUGACAAGGGUCUUUAUCAACUCAUGAUACACAAUGUUGAUCUCAGUGAUGAUGCUGAAUACACUGUUGUAGCAAACAACAAGUUUGGUGAGGACAGUUGCAAGGCCCGUCUCACUGUAACACCACAUGUUGUUGCUGAGGACAAUAUGAGACCAAUGUUCAAACGUCUCUUAGCUAAUAUUGAGUGUGUUGAGGGUCAAAGCGUCCGCUUUGACUUAAGAGUAUCAGGAACCCCUGCUCCAACUCUGAAAUGGGAGAAAAAUGGGAAACCUCUUGAGUUCAGACCACAAGUUGAAGUCAUUCAAGAGGAUGUAGAACAUCAUGUUCUACAUAUCAGAGAAACCCUCACAGAGGAUUCAGGCACAUACAGAGUCACUGCAACAAAUACAGCUGGAUCAGCAAGUUGUCAAGCUUCUCUCAAAGUUGAACGCCUAACAUACACAAGGAGGGAGUUCAAGAGUGAGGAAGAGAGGCAGACGUAUGUAAGGAACCAAAUAGAAAAGACACUGAAAAUGGCACAACAGUUCUCAACAGCAGAGGUUGUUACACUUAACCCUGUAGCACAGGAAGCUUUGAAGGAAGCUGCUGAAUUAUAUAAACCUGCAUUCAGCACCAAAAAUGUGCAGGGUGAGUUUGACAUCUCUGUUAAAGAGGAUCAAGAACUAAAGAAAAUAAAAGAGGAAGAGAAGAAGAUACGUAUGCCUUAUGAAAUCCCUGAUGCUCGUGCAUAUGAUCCAACUGUUCUCAGUGAAGAUAAGUUGAUCAAACACUUUGUGCCCCUAUCUGACAUGAAAUGGUACAAGAAACUACGUGACCAGUAUGAGAUUCCUGAGAGAAUGGAAAGAAUUGUCCAGAAGAGACAGAGGCGUAUUCGUCUUUCCAGAUGGGAGCAAUUUUAUGUCAUGCCACUGCCUAGAAUAACUGACCAGUACAGACCAAAGUGGCGCAUUCCUAAACUUACACUAGAUGAUUUAGAAACUGUUCGACCAGCAAGAAGAUCACCAUCCCCUGAGUCAGAGGCAUCAUUCAGACUGAGAAGACGCUCACUAGGAGAUCUUUCAGAUGAGGAGCUCCUCGAGGGUGAGGACUAUCUGACAAUGAAGAGAACUGAAAAAGAAAGGCAAGAGCUUGAAGAAGAACUUGAACUUGGCUUCUCUGCCUCCCCACCCAGUGGAAGCCCCGUGCGCUUUGAGCUGUCUGCACUGCAUCAUGCCUCACCCAGACCUGUUCACAAAGCUGAAGUGAGACGCGUAGAGACAAAACAUGUAACAACAACUGAGCAAGCUCGGGGCUCUCCUCCUCCCAUUUCAUAUUUCAUGAGGAGGAGGAGAUCAUUGUCUCCAACAUACAUUGAACUGAUGCGUCCUGUCUCUGAACUCAUCAGACAACCUCGUGCCCGCAUCUCAACAGAGGCUGAAGUUGAAAUUAUUGAAAGAAGAUCACCCACCCCUGAGAGGACACGUCCUCGAUCACCAAGUCCUGUGUCAACUGAGAGAAGAUCUUCCAGAUCCUCCUCUAGAUUUGAAAGGUCUGCAAGAUUUGACAUCAUGUCUAGAUAUGAAGCAAGAAAAGCAGCUCUCAAAUCUGAGCGCAAGUACCAGGUUGUGACACAACAGCCCUUCAGUCUUGACCAUACUCCACGUAUCACAGUAAGAAUGCGUUCUCACCGUGUACCAUGUGGACAAAACACUAAAUUCACAUUGAAUGUUCAAUCAAAGCCAGAUGCUGAUAUCCAGUGGUUCCAUAAUGGACAACAAAUACAAGAGAGCAGCAAAUACCAGUUCACAAAUAUGAGUGGGGUCCUGUCUCUUCAGAUUAAUGACUGUCAGGAAGAGGACAGUGGCACAUACCGUGUCGUCUGCACAAAUUCAAAGGGUGAGGCAUCAGACUAUGGAACUCUUGAUGUUUCAGGUGGAGCAUUUACUACGUACUCUUCAAGACGUCGAGAUGAAGAGGCUCCAACACCAUUUGUACCUGAUAUAACAAAAACUGAUUGUUAUCAUUCAACAACAAUCAGAGCUUCCUCUGCCUCAAGAACUCACUUGGAGAUCAAAGAAACCAAAACUAAAUUGACAGAGAGACGUGAAGUUUCUGCCUUUGAAAAGUAUGAAUCGCAGAAGCUUGCAUCAUCUCCAAUUAGAUAUGCGUCCGCUGAAUACCUAUCAUCAGCUUCAUAUUCAUCCUCUGAAAGGCAUACAACAUCAAAGAUAAAAGAAUCAGAAACAACAUCUGAAAUUUCAGUAAAGAAAGUGAAAGCUACUCUUUCAGCCAAAAUACUCACAAAACCACAGUCUCUGACUGUAUCUGAGGGUGACUCUGCACGAUUUGUCUGUGAUAUUGAUGGAGAGCCAGCACCAAGUGUCACAUGGAUGCAUGAGGGAAGAACAAUUGUCUCUUCACACCGUAUCCAUGUGUCUACAACACAAUAUAAGUCUACAUUUGAAAUUUCAUCAGUUGUGUAUUCAGAUGAAGGCAGUUACACUGUAGUUGUAGAAAAUUCAGAAGGAAAGCAAGAGGCAAGGUUUACCUUAAGUAUUCAUAAACAAAUAAUUAAAGAGGAAGGUAUACCUACACAAGUGAAGCCACCAGAACCCUCAGUGACAUCUCCAGUGCCAUCAGUUAAAUCUCCAGAGACAUCAGUUGUAUCUCCAGUGCCAUCAGUAAAGUCUCCAGAGCCCUCUGUGAAAUCCCCAGUGCCAUCAGUAAAGUCCCCAGAGCCCUCUGUGAAAUCCCCAGUGCCAUCAGUAAAGUCCCCAGAGCCCUCUGUGAAAUCACCAGUGCCAUCGGUAAAGUCUCCAGAGCCUUCGGUAAAGUCUCCUGUUCCCUCAGUGAAGUCUCCAGAACCCCAAAUUAAAUCACCAGAACCCACUGGUGUUAAAUCUCCUGAACCUCGAAUUAAAUCUCCAGAGGGUGUCAAAUCCCCAUUGAAAUUGAAGUCACCAGAGCCAGCUGCCUCUCUUCAGAGGGUAAAGUCUCCACCUCCUAUUAAGUCUCCUGAACCAACCACCCCUCAAAGAGUAAAGUCUCCAACAGCUCUGAAGUCUCCUGAGCCUAUAGCUUCACCUCCCAGGGUAAAAUCCCCACCUCCAAUUAAGUCUCCUGAGCCAGUUGCAUCCCCUCUGAGAGUUAAAUCCCCUACAGGACUUAAGUCUCCUGAACCUCAGAGAGCCAAAUCCCCACCAACAGUCAAAUCUCCUGAGCCGAUCAUGUCACCUAAAAGAGUUAAAUCUCCACUUACAGUGAAAUCCCCAACCCCCUCAAAGGAAGUACCACCAAAGAUCAUUCAGCAACUCAAAGCUGAAGCAUAUGAAGACAAAAUUAAGAUGAUCUUUGUUGCAGAGAGCUCAGUAAGAGAAGUUGUGUGGUACAAGGAUAGCAGAAAACUGAGUCAAAGUAGUCGGUUCCAGAUUCAUUCAUCUGCAGAUGGAACUUGCUGUCUCUAUAUAUCUGAUGUCUCCGAGAGUGACCAAGGGGAAUACUCCUGUGAAAUCAUAAGUGAAGGAGGAGCAGUGUCAAGAACAUCAUUCUCUUUUGUUGGUCAAGUGUUCCAAGCAAUCUACACAAAAGUAACUGCAUUCGUGGCUACACAAAUGGCAGUUCAAGAAUCCAUGUCAUCCCAAAUAUGUGGGGGAAGCGAAAUGAUUCUUAAGAGGGACAGUGCAGCUGUUAGCAGUGUGCAUGAAAGCUUUUCUUCUAAAUCCAUCCAAAUGGAGAGCACAAUGCAAGAGGCAUCCUUCAGCAGUUCUUCAAUGGCUGAGAUGAAAUUUGAAACUAUGUCAAUGUCUAGCAUGUCCUCUAUGACAUCGGAGUCAGCAUAUGCAAUGAGCUCAAGUAGUAUAAUGUCAAGUCAUUCACAUGUUGAAGAAUCUUCAAUUAGAGCAGCCCUCCACAGUGCUCAAGGCUUAGCUCCAAGAAUUGAAGCUCUUCCUGAAGAUAUCAGCAUAGAAACUGGAAAGGUUCUAACAGUGGCCUGUGCUUUCUCUGGAGAGCCAGUACCUCGUAUUGAGUGGUCACGUGGUGGAAAGAAACUGCCUGGCGAGGAAGAAAGCAGUAGGUUCCAUAUCGAGACAACAGAGGACCUAACCACACUCAUCAUCACUGGUGUGAAAGAGAGUGAUGCUGGGACAUACACACUCAAACUGUCCAAUGAGCAUGGAUCUGACAUGGCAACUGUUACCAUCAGCAUUCGAUCAAAGUAAAGCCAUAAUUUCUACCCCCACCCCUUCCUUUAUUAAGCGACUUUUGUAUUUAUUAAAUGAGCGGAGAAAAAGUCUUGAUAAAUACCUGGAUAUCUGUUCCUGUAAAUAUAAACUAUUUUUAUACCAAACUUGACAUUAAUUUAUGCCAAUCUAGACUAAAGUCUAAAGUUAUUAUAAAAUAUGCCAUAUUGGAUAAUUAUGACUUAGGAUUUUGAUCCAUUUUUCUGUGACAUGUACAUAAUGUAUAUAGCCGAAUUUAACGGUUAUGGAAAAUGUAUGAAUUGUUAUUUAUAACAAUAUUAACUGAAACAAAUGGAACUAAAUGUUUAUCAGGAGAAAGUUUCACAUGGAACGAAUACCUUGAUAAACCUGAAACUAAACUCUGUGCCUCAACAAUAAGUUGAAGUCUUAAGAUUGCCUCAACAGGUAGAGAAGGCUCCCUGUUGACGUUAACACUAAAUCUAAGAGACUAAGUUAUACCUGCAUGUUUACACGUGCAGUGAUAUUAUAAGCAUACUCUUAUGCAUUGUUACUUGAACGUAAGGCCUUGAGUGCUGUUUGCAUUUUACCCUCAUGUAAGCAGGGCGACUAGGCCUUGUGUUCAGACUGACUAUGUCAUACCACCAUUUUAAUGACAAGCUCAAGGUGCGAGCGGCCUGCACUUUAUGAGCAAAAAUUUUUAAUGUGCUUUGUUUCUGGCAAGGGACUGCUUGAAUAAACUUUCAAAAUUAACAUCUCCUGGCCAAUAAGGAAAGUAUAUCUUGUACUUCCUUGCAGAAGCAGAGCCUCCUCUUGGAGGAUUGCUUUGAAGCAUUGUGUGUUUGUGUGUUAGCUUUAGAAUUCACCUUGUCAGUUGUUGGGCAAACAUCAAGAAAGUGUGCCACAGCAACUCCACCUGCUGUGCAAUGGGAAAGAAAUGAUUUAGUAUCUAAAUGCCCUGCACUUUGGUUUGAUUUUAUGUAGAAUUGUAGUAUUAUCUAUAUAUGCAACCUCCUUGAGUAUUAAUGAUUCAAUAAAGCAUGUUCUCAGCACUAAA